AUGUUGUCCUGUAAACAAACAUGGCACACUGCAUUCCACCUCCACCUCCUUGUUCAUUUCUUGGCUGAAGGUGCCACCAGAGUCUACUACCUGGGCAUCCGUGAAGUGGACUGGAACUAUGCUCCCUCGGGGAAGAACACCAUCACAGGACAAAGCAUAGCAAAUGAUAUGUGAGCUUCAUUUCUUGGUUUACUAGGUCCUGGCUUAAUAACUUAGUUAGCUCUAGCCACUUCAGAGUUUCAUAUUAAAAAAAUGGAGGAUAAUGCAUUCUUGAUAUGUAUCUGGUCUUGGUUGGUUUAAUGGUUAAUGCCAAGUUACCUAAGAAACAGGAGAAUUACCAAGCUUCAGUAGUGUAACAUACAAAAUACCAGGAUGUGAUUUAACCCAUGACUCUUCAGAUGCUGGAUACAGUUUCCAUCAUCUCUGACCGUUGGCCAUGCUGGCUGGGGCUGAUGGGAGCUGGAGUCCAAGAUGUCUGGAAGGUCCCAGGUUGAGAAAAGCUGGUCAAACCUAUGUACCCAAAUAACCUGAAGGUGAUGGGAAAUCAGUCAUGUAUUGCAGCAAUAAUGAGGCAUCUGUAAGUUCUGCUCUGGUGGUUUAUUGGCAAUGCUGCCCCUCACACACACACGCACAAGCAGAAAUUUCUGUGUGUAGCACUGACGCCACUGCCAUGACAUUUAAGAGCUGAGGGGGACAAUAUAUUCUGUCCAAUGUUUGCCAGCAGAUUGAGUUUCCCUGCUUGAAAAGUGGGUGCUGAAAUUCCAAAUUCAAAACAGUAAUAAAUAAUUGCAUUUAUUCAAAAUCUGAUUAAAACUAUUCAAUUUAAUUAUUUCAACAAAAUUGACUAACUUGAUCCAGUGAUACCAGCUUUUCAAAGUCUGAUAGACGUUUAGGCUGCAACACCCCCUUGCCAUCCCCAUGCCCCUCAGGGAACCCCCAUCCUGGUGUUGCUCACUUUGGGAGCCACUGGUCUAUCCCAAAAAUAACCUUCCUGAAGCCAUCUGUGAAAAUAUUAAAGGAGAUUAACACCCCCCCCAAAAGCAAUGUAAUUCUGGAUUUUUUUCAGUUCCCUUUUUUAUACCGUAUUUUUCAGCCUAUAGGGCGCACUGGCCUAUAGGGUGCACCUCGUUUUUUGGGGGGGCAUGAAUAAAAAAAAAAUAUUCCCCCCCCCCCAGCCACGGGGCUGGGGCAGGGGAAGCCCAAGCUUCCCCCGACACCACCCCCAGAACAGGCUGCUAUCCGCAAGCCUUGCGAGCCCCGCAGCAACUCCCGCUGGGCUUGCAAGGCUUGCGGACACCUGCGCGAAGCACGGGGCGCCCUCCAGAGGGCGCCCCGUGCUUCGGGCUGCAGGCUGCUGCCCACACGCCUUGCGAGCCCGCGGGAACUCCCUCUGGGCUCACAAGGCUUGCAGAUAGCUUCCUGAAGCCUGGAGAGCGAGAGGCGUCGGUGCGCACCGACCCCCCUCGCUCUCCAGGCUUCAGCGAAGCUCUGCAUUCGCCCCAUAGGACGCACACACAUUUCCCUUUCAUUUUUGGAGGGGAAAAGGUGCGUCCUAUAGGGCGAAAAAUACGGUAUAUAAAAAAAUCAAUUCAAGCAUUUGCACAGCUGGUUCAAGGGGCACCCUGCUGGCUGGGGUUGAUAGAAGUUGGGAGUCCAACAUCUGGAAGUGUGAACGAGUUGUACAUGUCCAACCACUCUUCAGGUACAUGUAUGUUUUAGACAACUUAGAGAAUGGCUGCACUUCUGAACAUUGGUAUACAGGACUUUUGGCUGGUGUAGGUUGUUAUGCAAGGGACAGAGAGAAAUUGUAUCUAUUAGAAUUCAAUUUUCUGUAUCAGUAAAAGAUACAAGAGAUUGCCUUUCCCACGGGGGAGGGAGAUGGUUUCACCUCUGUCCUCUCCCCACUUGUCUGGAAUCAUCAUAAACUACCCCCCACCCUACCCUCUGCAUCCAAUACUCAAAAUCUCCAUAGUCUGACAUUCAUUCAUUCAUUUUAUUUGUAUCCUGCUUUUGCGCGCGCGCGCACACACACACACACACACACAAACAAACACCAUGCUAAAAGUGGCUUGCAACAAAGAAACAGAUGCAUUUCGAACAAGCACUGCAAAAACCAAUAAUAUAGUAAAGCAACAGCAAAUAUAAUAACAUAUCAAAAAAACCAAAUUCUAAUACUAUACAUAUAACAAGAUUCACCCGAAGCAUAACAAGGUAGCUUCACACUUUCACCUUAGUCCUAAUAAACACCCCUCCCAUGAUGUUGCUCACAGCCCAUCUCCUGCAGCAGUUUCCAAGGGCAAAGGGUGGGGUAGCUGGAAACACCCCUCCCAAGAUGUUGCUGUGCACAUUAAUGGCUGUGCACCUCUAACCUUCAAAAUAGAGAUAAAAAGCACGUCACUGCUUGGCUGGACUUAGGACUCCCACUGCUUGCUUUAAAUUUGAUAAAAGGGACGUGGGUGGCGCUGUGAUCUAAACCACUGAGCCUAGGGCUUGCCAGUCAGAAGGUUGGUGGUUCGAAUCCCCGUGACGGAGUGAGCUCCCGUUGCUCGGUCCCUGCUCCUGCCCACCUAGCAGUUAAAAAGCACGUCAAAGUGCAAGCAGAUAAAUAGGUACCGCUCCGGCGGGAAGGUAAACAGCGUUUCCAUGCGCUGCUCUGGUUCGCCAGAAGCGGCUUAGUCAUGCCAGCCACAUGACCCAGAAGCUGUCUGUGGACAAACUCCGGCUCCCUCGGCCAGCAGAGCGAGAUGAGCGCCGCAACCCCAGAGUCGGCCACGACUGGACUUAACGGUCAGCGGUCCCUUUACCUUUACCUAGUAACCUGCCAGAGCAGAAUUCUUGCCAAGAGGUAUGUGACUGCUAAUCUGAUGUAGUAAAGCACACCUGAGUUUCUUAAGAAGAACAUACUCAGGAUUUAUUAAACCAGUGGUUUAGUUUCAUUAAUUGCACAUUUAUUUAAAGCCCAAUUAAAACUUUUUAGUUUGAGUGAUUCAACAAAACUGAUAAACUUGAUCCAGUGAUGCCAGCUUUUCAAAGUUUGAUAGCCAUUUCUACCUCCAUUGCCUCCCUGCCAGCUCCUUGUCUCUUAGUGUCAACUAGGAAUCCCGCCCCCCCCCCCCCCCACCCCUGGGGAAGGUACCAUCCAGUCUGGGAACUACUGUACUAAACCCAUUUUUAAAAGUGGGUGGGAUGUUUUUAAUAUACAGUGGUACCUCAGGUUACAUACGCUUCAGGUUACAUACGCUUCAGGUUACAUACGCUUCAGGUUACAGACUCCACUAACCCAGAAAUAGUACCUCGGGUUAAGAGCUUUGCUUCAGGAUGAGAACAGAAAUUGUGCCCUGGCGGCGCAGCAGCAACAGGAGGCCCCAUUAGCUAAAGUGGUGCUUCAGGUUAAGAACAGUUUCAGGUUAAGUACGGACCUCCAGAACGAAUUAAGUACUUAACCUGAGGUACCACUGUAUUUCUUUUCCCUCUUGGUUUUAAUGUAUCUAUGUUGGUUUUUUUGGUUGGGUGGUUGUAAGCCACUCUGGGUUGCUCUGGGCAAGAUAAAAGGUAAAGGGACCCCUGACCAUUAGGUCCAGUCGUGACUGACUCUGGGGUUGCGGCGCUCAUCUCACUUUAUUGGCCGAGGGAGCUGGUGUACAGCUUCCGGGUCAUGUGGCCAGCAUGACUAAGCCGCUUCUUGCGAACCAGAGCAGCGCACAGAAACACCGUUUACCUUCUCACUGGAGUGGUACCUAUUUAUCUACUUGCACUUUGACGUUCUUUCGAACUGCUAGGUUGGCAGGAGCUGGGACCGAACAACGGGAUAAAAUGACUAAUAAUAAGAUAAAAUAACUAAUAAUAAACAAAUAAAACACAAAUUUUCUUCUCUCUGCCUUGCCUUAAAAACAACCAGCUGUGCACACAGAUAGCAGGAGAGAUGUAUCAGCACAUAUGAAAAUUGCCACCAAUAUUGUCAUUGUUGUCCCCCCUUCCUUUUCAGGAUAGCCUCUAGCUUUCUCCAGCCUGCCGAGAACAGAAUUGGCAGCAUCUACAGGAAAUCUGUGUAUAAGCAAUACUUAGAUGAGACGUACACAUCAGAAAUACCCAAACCCUCCUGGCUGGGAUUCCUUGGGCCCAUCAUACGAGCCGAAGUGGGUGACACCAUCAUUGUACACCUGAAGAAUUUUGGAAGGCGACCAUUCACCAUUCACCCUCAUGGUGUCUUCUACAAGAAGGACUCAGAAGGUAAAUAUUUUGAUAAAGAGCUAAAAUUGAUAUAAAUUGAAAACAUAAAAAUAAACAAGUUUCCUCUCACCUCUGCUUUCGUGGAUGUUUCUACAUGAGUUGGCAUGUUGCAUAUGAUGCUUUUAUUUAUCUAUAUAUUUAUUUAUUGCAUUUUUACUCCACCUUUUUUCCAGGGAGCUCAAGGUGUACAUGGGAUGCAAUGACUGGCCCAAGGUGAUCCAGUGAGCUUUUGGGCUGAGUGGGAUUUGAGCCGUGGUCUCCUAGGUCCUAGUCAGACACUAUAACCACUGGCUCUCUAAUCCUUGGAUGAUUUAAAAGCAAUUCAUAGUGGGGUGUUAAGUUUGAGAGGCUGCUGUCAAAAUGGAAGCUCUCAAAGUAUACUGUUAUAGGUUGGAGUGUUAAUGCUGUGAUGUGAGCCCCUCCAUCCCAUGCUCAGAUUGUAUAUAUGUGUAAAUAAAAACAAAUAUUCUAUCAACAAAGUCUGUUUAUUUUCAUUCCAAUGGAACUGAACCCUGGCUAAGUACUGGCACCCCUGCAGUCUCUUGAAACUCAGAAGUUGGGGUUGUGUGCAACAGUACUAUCCAUGGAAGAUUAGGCUGCUAGUAGCUUCUAGCCAUGAUGGCUGUGCUCUGAAUACCAGUUGCUGGAAAUCGCCAAAGCGGAGGGUGCUCUUGCACUCGAAUCCUGCUUGUGAGUUUCCCAGAAGAGGCGUCUGAUCAGCCACUGUGAGAACAGGAUGCUGGACCAAAUGGGCCACUGGCCAGAUCCAGCAGGCUCUUCUCAAGGCUAAUGCAACUGCAUUAAAUGGAAAUUGUACUGAAUGGAUACUGCAAUUUCUCAAUUUUUCCAGGAUCCCUAUAUCCUGACGAGUCCUCUUCCCAAGACCUUAAGAAGGAUGAUGCCAUCCCCCCAGGCAGGAACCACACAUAUACUUGGACUGUUCCUGAGGAUCAUGGCCCAACGGAUGAUGACCCAGCCUGUUUAACAUGGAUCUAUCAUUCUCAUGUUGAUGCAGCAAAAGACAUUGCCACUGGCUUAAUUGGGCCGCUGCUGAUAUGUAGAGAAGGUAAGGCUGCCCUUGGGAAAAGAUUGCUUAGUUUCAUAGCUUAUUUUUGAAAUUAUACCACAAACAGUGCAAUAGGCCACAAGUACCUUUCCUGAAUUGUUCCUCAGUUCAGGUUUAAAUUGACUGAAACAAGCUUCUAGACCAUAUUCAGCCUGGCAGUUUAAAUGAAAGAAAGAGGUCAGGGGUUGUAACAUGCCAUUUGCAGAACUGGAAAUGAAAGAAGCAAGGCCCAUAGGCCUUGUUUUAGGAUAAAUAUAUAUAAUAUGUUGUUUUAUUUUCUUGUUUGGGUGUUAUUGGUUUUUGAACUCAUACAGAGGUGGCAAGAUAUCAGGGCUCGGCCACAGUUCCAUUUGCCCUGCCACUUUCCUCCAGUUAGAGUGGCCAUCACGCUGGCUCUCAACUGAAUGUGAUUUAAAUGUAUGAAGUGGAUUUGCACUAAAUGGUGGCACUUGCUGCCUGGAGGAGGGAUGCUGCUCACCACUGUGUGAAGCCAGCCCCACAGUCCUUCGCCAGACUUGCUUUGAGAGCAGAAGUGUGUGUUCCCUCAGGGCUAAGAGAGGUGGGUUUUCUUGAAAGUAGGAAGAAAUCCAGCAUGCUCCCCCUACAGCAUCAGGCCUCCUGGCUCCUUGUACGGAAGGCUCCUUCCGUUCACUCCUAUCUUCUCCGGGCCCAGGGACUCUGAAGAGCGUUUCUCAAAGGCGGCAUGACGCGGACCUCGAUUUCUUUCUGAUGUUCAGCGUGGUUGACGAGAAUGAGAGCUGGCACCUGGAUGAAAACAUUGCCUCCUUCUGCGGAGAUCCAAGCACUGUUGAUGAGGAAGACGAGGGGUUCAGGGAGAGCAACAAGAUGCAUGGUGAGUGCAGUUGGGCAGGACCUUUUCUUGACCUCUGUUUAUAACCAGGUAGGGACAGCUGUAACACACCCUCUCCGGAUCAAAUAAACUCAGAGAUCAUACAGAACAGAGAUGUAUUAACUUCAGGGCUGCCAAACACAGAAAGAAUUAUAACUGAUUAAAAUGACUGACUGACUGACUGACUGACUGAUGGAUUGUCUUCCCUUAAGCCUAAAUUCCCAAGGCAUGUUACAACAUUGAAACAACACUGAAAACAGUUUGAAACAACUUACAAUCAUAAAAAUAAAGUGACUCCUAAAAAAUAUACGCCUCAGGUGUCAGAUAAAGAGGUGUGUCUUCAGCAUCCUCUGGAAGUUGUAUAGUAAAGUGCCAGGGGAGCCUCUGUGAGGAGGGAGUCCUGCAGCUUACAAGGCCCCCUCCCCCUGGGAUACCCCUCCCCAAGCCUCUGAGAGUGGAGGAAAGUGUUAGCCAGUGUGGUGUAGUGGUUAAGAGCGGUACGCACGUAAUCUGGGGAACCGGGUUCACGUCUCCGCUCCUCCACAUGCAGCUGCUGGGUGACCUUGGGCCAGUCACACUUCUUUGAAGUCUCUCAGCCCCGCUCACCUCACAGAGUGUUUGUUGUGGGGGAGGAAGGGAAAGGAGAUUGUUAGCCGCUUUGAGACUCCUGAAGGGGAGUGAAAGGCGGGAUAUCAAAUCCAAACUCUUCUUCUUCUACUUCUUAGUCACUUCUCGUGACUUGACAGUAGGGAACACAAUACAAGGGUGGCAAGUAGGAUCUCUCAUCAUCCUUAGCAACUGUAUCUCGUCCACAGGUUUGCCACUGGAGCACCAGUGAAUGAACAUCAUGUGAACAGGCCAUUCUGAUAACCUUCCACCCUAGCCUGUUCAGCCACAGCUUUCAUUCUUUCACAUGUACAACUAGCUCUCUCAUAUGGGUACUGCCAUAGGGAAACUCAUGCCUAAUACUUUAUGAAAGCAAAUGUGAGUCUAGGAACGCUGUAUUGGGAAACAACACAACCCAAACCACUCAGUUAUACAACUUCACAGGAGUUACACAACCAUUGGUGAGUCACAAUGUGCCUCCAAACUGCAAAACAGAAGGAAAAUUAAGCAAAUCUAUUAAUAUUGGAGCAUUACCAAAAAAAAAAAGUAGGCAGAAGGUAUUUAAAUUAUGUACAUAUUAACAGGAUACAUUGAACCUGUGGACCUCUGUCUUUGCUUUAUUCAAACCUCUGCUGUUCUUUGAAACCACCAUUUUAAACUGCCCUUCUCUCACCCUGACUUUAUGCAAAUCCAGGAUUGUGAUGAGGCACUGUAAAUUCUCCAGUUGCACAGUAACAGCCUUACAUUUUUAUGAAUAUAGGAUGCUACAUAUAUGUACACCCACACACUGAUAUGAAACCCCAUUUUCAUGUUAACAUCUUGAUCUCUAUUUCUGCAGCAAUUAAUGGUUACGUGUUUGGGAACCUCCCCAAGAUGACCAUGUGUGCUGGGGAUCAUGUGUCAUGGCAUCUUUUUGGGAUGGGCAAUGAGAUUGAUAUCCACACCGUCUUCUUCCAUGGACAGACCCUGAUUGUCCGGGGUCACAGGACUGACGUGGCCAGCCUCUUCCCAGCCACUUUUGUGGCAGCAGAAAUGAUCCCUCGCCACAUUGGGAAAUGGCUGCUGAACUGCGCGGUCCAUGAUCACCUGCAAGGUAAGGCAGUCUCCCAGACUGAGUUCCCCUUGCAACUGUGAUCACUAGUUCUUCGCUGAAUUCCUUGCCCAUGACAACAGAAAUUGGGUGAAAUAUACUCAGAGUCGAGUGUGAAUUUCAUGCUCUUUAUGCAGCUCAUAGUAGCAAUGAUGAAACUUUCCCCAAAACUUCUAGCUAUAUAUACAUUAUUUACAUAAUGGGCCCCGCAUGAUUGGCUAAUUCUGGGCUGCUCCUGUAGGCCAAUCAGGUUGUGGAUUCACUUCAUACAGAAGCUUGAUUGGCUGCUCCUGCAGGCCAAUCAGGUCGCUGAUUCACUUCCACCUGGAGCUGGAUUGGGUGGCUCCUGUGGACCAAUCAGACCACUGCAUUCUGGAUCCUAUUGUUCUAGGAUUCAGCUCAGUACGUAACAUCAGGCAUAUGGCUGGCUGGAUCAGUAUUUUCUUUUUCACAGAUGAUGUAAAUAGGCCAGCCAUGCCCGGAAUUCUCCAGAUGUUUUCGGCUGCAGCUCUCAUCACCAGAUAGUGAUGGAGGCAGUGUUGUCCACCACCCUAGAUGGGUUUUAAAGUGGAUUGGACAAAUUCAUGGAGGAGGAGAGGGCUAUUGAUAGCUGAUAGGCUGGCUAUGCUCUGCCUCUGUGGUUGGAGGCAGUAAAUGCUUAUGAAUACCAGUUGCUGGAAACCACAGGGAGAGAGAGGGCUCUUGUGCUUGAAUCCUGCUUGCAGGCUUCCUGUAGACAUCUGGCUGGCCACACUGAGAACAGGAUGCUAGACUAGGUGGGCCACUGGCCUGAUCCAACAGGCUUUUUUUUUUUUUUUUACAUUCUUAGUCAUAGGACUCCAGCUCAACUAGACUGUAGCCAGGGCUGAGACACCAUAUUAGCUUCUGCCCAACCAUGUACUUCAGAACUCCUCUUCGAAUUCCUGAACUGUGUAAUGUGUAACUUGAUCUAGGUAUAUGCCAUGCAGUCGUUUUUGGGAAUCACACCUUCAGGGACAAUUGAGCGGAGAGGGCUCAUCCAUGCUUACCUUUCGUUCUGUGUUUUCUGGGCACAGGUCCACUCUUUAAAGCGCCAUGUCCAGGCACUUUUAAAAACUUUUUUACUUCUUUUGCCCUGGCAUAUUUCCCAGUAAAACCCACCCUUUAUCAGAGCGAUUGGGUUUUCUGCAGAUUUGCUGUUUGCUCUGAUUCUUCUGUAAAGAGUGGGUUUUCCUGUGGAAAACGCAGGACAAAAAAAGGAUGGGGGGACCUCGAACGCAGCACUUUAAAACAUGGACCUUUAUCUAGGUAAGUUUUAAGUGCUGUGUGGGUGUGGGAGCCAAGAUAGGAAUAUAUGUGUGCUGCCAGCAAUCACUAAGGGUACAAGGAUGGAUUUUUCAUACAGGACAAAGCAUGAAAGCUGCAUCUCUCUUACUACAUAUGAACGAAUUGAGAAAAAUUGGUCUCUAAUAACUAUGAUUAAGUUAAUCUACUACAAAAGAAUAUAUGUGGGAAGCCUAUGGUGGGAAAAAUUAGUAAUGUUUUGGAACAGUAAGUUUAAUGGUAGUGUUCCACCUAAUGCUUCUUUUGACCUGCUGUAACAUGAGUACAGCAUGUUUGCAUCUUGCACAGGGGUCACGCUCCAGGGGUGGCGUGUAUAUGCAAAAAUAUGUAUGCUCUAACCACCCCCUUGGAAUGGCCCCUGCAUGAACAAUCUUACCUUCUAGAGCUGGUGCACCAAAUGGACAUUGCCCCACAAGCAAGGCAGGGAGCAUUUAAGCUCUCUGCCUUGCUAACUGCGUUCUAGGAGGCUCUUCUGAGAUCUUGUGGGUCCAUCUGAGUUCCCACAAGGUCUCCCAAGAGUAUCCCUGAGCCCAGCAGGCAAGUCUGAGAGGUUAGACACUUUUUCUGCACUAGGAAAGCACAGCUCAAAAGGUGCUUUUAAGCUCUCUGCCUUGUAUGCAUUUAAUUUGCACAGUUUCAGCCAGCCUGGGUUCAACCUUUUAAGGAUGAAAUUGUGCAUGUUGAUCACUCUCAAGAUGUGAUCAUACGGUAUUUCUUUAUGCUUCUUCCCUUGUGUAUAUAGACUACAAAAAAUGUUUUUUAAAGUGAAAUAGAGUUUGGAAGUUGAAUCUGUGGUGGGGAACAGGAUCUGACUGUUGGGCUGCUCCUGGCCUCCCCUGCCUCCAUCACUCCCAACCUGCAGGCUGUUUUGACAAGCAGGCCAGUCUGAGUGUGUUGUGCUCUGUUCUGCUUCCUACAGCUGGGAUGGAGGCUCUCUAUGAAGUCAGGAACUGCUCCUAUCAGAAUCCAGAGCCUGCCCUGAAAGGGAAACUUCGCAAAUACUACAUAGCGGCAAAGGAAGUUCAGUGGAAUUACGGACCCUCAGGGUUAGACCUGGGCACUGGGGAAAGCCUGCUGCAGCCAAACAGGUAAGGGGGCUUUUAUUUGUGGAUUUCCUGCUCUGCUUGAGAAUGCAUUUACACAGUGCUGAAAGGGGGUCCCCAUCGCACAGGAGACUUUAACUUUUCAACAGAGUAGCUAAACCUGCACUUUUCAAGGCGCUACAGUGUGGCAUGUUGCCCCAAGAAACGAAAAUGUUUUUUGAACCAAGCUUCUUUGUAAUGUGGUAGGUCAGGUUUUGAAUUUGGGUACUCAUACAGCAAAUAUAUAGGACACGAGUGGCGCUGUGGUCUAAACCACAGAGCCUAGGGCUUGCCGAUCAGAAGGUCGGCAGUGCGAAUCCCCGCGAUGGGGUGAGCUCCCGUUGCUCGGUCCCUGCUCCUGCCAACCUAGCAGUUCGAAAGCAUGUCAAGUGCAGGCGAUAAAUAGGUACUGCUCUGGUGGGAAGGUAAACAGCAUUUCUGUGCGCUGCUCUGGUUCGCCAGAAGUGGCUUAGCCAUGCUGGCCACAUGACCUGGAAGCUGUACGCUGGCUCCCUCGGCCUAUAGAGCGAGAUGAGCACUGCAGCCCCAGAGUCGUCCACAACUGGACCUAAUGGUCAGGGGUCCCCUUUACAGCAAAUAUAAAGCAGCUUAAAAAUGGUUAACCGUAGCAGUUUGUCGGCUAGUCCACCUCCCUCCUGCAAUUAGAAAUAGCAGCAAGUGGAUAGACACCUGGGCUCCUUUGGGAGGAAGGGCAGGAUAAAAGUCUAAUAAUAACUAAAUAAAAAUAAUGGUGAUAAUACCCCAGACCCCUAAUCAUGGGAAUUGUAGUCUUCUGCAGAUCCUGAGAGCUCCCUAUCCCUUUUAAAUCCCUGUGUCCCAAGGCUGGGAGGUAGAGCAGGCCAGCGGCCCUUCUAGUCCAGCAUACUAUUCUGACCAGAUGCCCCAAAGGGAAACCCGCAGGCAGGACCUGAGCACAAGAGCACUUUCCUGUGGUUUCCAGCAACUGGGAAUCAGGAGCAUAGCAGCCUCCAGCUGAAAACACAGCAUAGUUAUCCUGGCUGGUAGUUAUCAGUUGCCCUGUGUGAAGAACUCCUUAUCUGUCCUGAGUCUCCCAACAUUCUCCUUCAUUGUCAGCCAGUUCUAGUGUUAAAUUGUGAGAAGGGGAUAAAAACUUCUCUCUCUUCACUUUCCACAGACCAUGCAUAAUUUUAUAAUCUUCUAUUAUGUCACCUCUUACUUGGCCCAGGUGCUGCAACCUUUCUGCAUUAUAGACCUGGGUAUAGUGUUUUUUUAAUGAAAUAAUGGGAUGGAUUAUGCUUCCUUGGGAAACAGAACACUGGGUACAUGUUUACAAAGCAACAGCUCUGUGUCCUUGGGGAUAGUGGGGCUGCUCUGCAGUUGCUUUUUUGAUGGUGUUUUAAGAUUACUGAACAGUUGCGCUUUCUCAUCCCAUCUGCCAGCUGCCCUUUAUCUGGGCAUAGCUGUCAACUUUUCCCUUUUCUUAUGAGGAAUCCUAUUCAGAAUAAGGGAAUUUCCCUUAAAAAAAGGAAAACAUUGACAGCUAUGUGUCUCGGUUUCUUCAUUUAAAGCUGGGGGUUCUGGGUGAGCCUCUCUACCCAAAUCUUGAUUUGGGUGUGAGCUACUUCUCUUAAUUGUCUUACUUUUGGAUCACUUGGUACAACACCACCCAAGGUCACCUUGAUUUCAGCUAGUUAUAAACAGCACGAUCACAUCUAACGUGCAUUUAACUCACACCAUUUCAACCACACACAGCUGAAGGACCACUGGCUAAAAUUCCACAAUUUAAAUGCAAGCAAGGCAGAGAGCUUUAAAGCUCUUUUAGCACCAGGUUUUCCCUUCACGAAGAGAGUUUUCAGCUCUCUGCCUUGCUUAGGCAGCCCCCACUGGUUCUUGCAAGAUCUCACAGGGCCUGAUUCAGCAGGCUUUUCUUAUGUUCUUAUGACAUUAUCCACCUCUGGCCUGAGCUGACUAGCAAAGGGGAAAUGCUCCCUACUUCCUAGGAACCCGACUUUCAUGGAGUCAAACUAUUGGUCCAUCUAAUUUAGGGCUUAGGUCGAGCCACGGACCCGACGCAAGCGGGACUUUCUCGGGAGAGAGAAAGUCCGGGUUCUCGAGGGUAAACGGGGGUGCUACAGGGCGCGGUAGCCCCCAAAACCCCUCUGGAGGGAAACCAGAGGGUCAGGAGCCCAGCGGAGCCAUUUGCAGAUCGCCCGGCCAUCAGGUAACUCCAUAACAGGAGCGAAGAGAACAGCGGGCGGAGAAAGCAGGCACCGGGGAAGCCAUUGUCUCACCCUCGAGAACGCAGCCCCAGGCUUGCAGGGCGAGUGAUCGAUUCUCAAAAAUAAAGAAUCUAAGCCAAAUUUGGAUUUUGGAAUAUAAUUGGAGCAUACAAAAGGAAGGCUUUGAGAAAAGAAGGUAGAAAAAGAGGUCAGUUUUUAUCUGAAAUCGGAGAACGACGCAAGACUACGAGCGGAGCGCGGAGAGGAGAUUGGUAACACAGCAAGCGGUUUGAACUUCUCCCUCUUAAAAAACUUAUUAAAAGUGAUAUAAACUGUUUAAAAAGUAACAAAGAGUUGCAGAAGAAGGGAAUAACUAAAAGAGGGGGCAGAGGGUAACUAUUUUAUGACUUUAAAAGGCUCUCGAUAUAACGAAGCCUUUAAAGGUCAGCACCAACACUUUGAAUUGUGCUCGGAAACGUACUGGGAGCCUUUUAAGGUCUUUUAAGACCGGUGUUAUGUGGUCUCGGUGGCCGCUCCCAGUCACCAGUCUAGCUGCCGCAUUCUGGAUUAGUUGUAGUUUCCGGGUCACCUUCAAAGGUAGCCCCACGUAGAGCGCAUUGCAGUAGUCCAAGCGGGAGAUAACCAGAGCAUGCACCACUCUGGCGAGGCAGUCCCCAGGCAAAUAGGGUCUCAGCCUGCGUACCAGAUGGAGCUGGUAACACAGCAAGCGGUUUGAACUUCUCCCUCUUAAAAAACUUAUUAAAAGUGAUAUAAACUGUUUAAAAAGUAACAAAGAGUUGCAGAAGAAGGGAAUAACUAAAAGAGGGGGCAGAGGGUAACUAUUUUAUGACUUUAAAAGGCUCUCGAUAUAACGAAGCCUUUAAAGGUCAGCACCAACACUUUGAAUUGUGCUCGGAAACGUACUGGGAGCCUUUUAAGGUCUUUUAAGACCGGUGUUAUGUGGUCUCGGUGGCCGCUCCCAGUCACCAGUCUAGCUGCCGCAUUCUGGAUUAGUUGUAGUUUCCGGGUCACCUUCAAAGGUAGCCCCACGUAGAGCGCAUUGCAGUAGUCCAAGCGGGAGAUAACCAGAGCAUGCACCACUCUGGCGAGGCAGUCCCCAGGCAAAUAGGGUCUCAGCCUGCGUACCAGAUGGAGCUGGUAACACAGCAAGCGGUUUGAACUUCUCCUCUUAAAAACUUAUUAAAAGUGAUAUAAACUGUUUAAAAAGUAACAAAGAGUUGCAGAAGAAGGGAAUAACUAAAAGAGGGGGCAGAGGGUAACUAUUUUAUGACUUUAAAAGGCUCUCGAUAUAACGAAGCCUUUAAAGGUCAGCACCAACACUUUGAAUUGUGCUCGGAAACGUACUGGGAGCCUUUUAAGGUCUUUUAAGACCGGUGUUAUGUGGUCUCGGUGGCCGCUCCCAGUCACCAGUCUAGCUGCCGCAUUCUGGAUUAGUUGUAGUUUCCGGGUCACCUUCAAAGGUAGCCCCACGUAGAGCGCAUUGCAGUAGUCCAAGCGGGAGAUAACCAGAGCAUGCACCACUCUGGCGAGGCAGUCCCCAGGCAAAUAGGGUCUCAGCCUGCGUACCAGAUGGAGCUGGUAAACAGCUGCCCUGGACACAGAUUUGACCUGUGCCUCCAUGGACAGCUGCGAGUCCAAAAUGACUCCCAGGCUGCGCACCUGGUCCUUCAGGGGCACAGUUACCCCAUUCAGGACCAAAGAGUCCUCCAUACUCACCCGCCUCCUGUCCCCCCAAAACAGUACUUCUGUCUUGUCAGGAUUCAACCUCAAUCUGUUAGCCGCCAUCCAACCUCCAACCGCCUCCAGGCACUCACACAGGACCUUCACCGCCUUCACUGGUUCUGAUUUGAAAGAGAGGUAGAGCUGGGUAUCAUCCGCAUACUGAUGAACACCCAGCCAAAACCCCCUGAUGAUCUCUCCCAACGGCUGCAUAUAGAUGUUGAAAAGCAUGAGGGAGAGGACAGAACCCUGAGGCACCCCACAAGUGAGAGCCCGGGGGUCUGAACACUCAUCCUCCACCACCACUUUCUGAACACGGCCCAGGAGAAAGGAGCGGAACCACUGUAUGACAGUGCCCCCAGCUCCCAGCCCCAGAAGGAUGUUAUGGUCGAUGGUAUCAAACGCCGCUGAGACUCAUGCUUUCUAGGCAAGGAACAACCAGAAGUGUGGAUGAGACCUCAGUGUGGUCUACACUGAUUAGCAGGAGAGGCUUUCUUUCAUCUCAGACAUGAGUUUUCCCCUGGCUCACCUGGAGAUGCCAACUGAACCUGGGACUUUCUGUUUGCUAAGGAGAUGCUCUGCUACUGAGCCUCUCUGGCCCUUCUCCCCAAAGGCAAUUAGCUGGACUUUUUCUCACCCGCCUGCACUAUCAGCCUUUACACGUGACACAUAAACAUCCUUUCCACCUCCCUAAAAAGACAGCGUUAACGAUGAAAACAGUCUUCUUUUGCCAAGUCUCUUGCAUAGUUCAGCAUGAAAGCUACUGUGGAUCUUGGCUGAUGCAGCUGGAUUUGCAGAAGCAACAACAAAAGCUGCAAAAUCUAAAGAUUUGGUUGUUGUUGCAUCCUAGAAUCACAUGUUUGCUUCUUUGUGUUUAGUUCUUCAGAGCAGUUUUUCAAGCAGAAUUCCACUAGGAUUGGGGGAACAUACUGGAAGGUCCAGUACACUGAAUACAUGGAUGGAACUUUUCAGGUGGAGAAGGGGCGGACAAAAGAAGAAAAGCAUCUCGGAAUACUUGGUAAUACAUCAAAAUUAACUUUCCUGCCCAGCCAGAUAUAUGGGCUAUGACUUGUUACAUUUUGAGAGGCACGGUGGGAAGUUUUAUCUAUUUAUCUAGAAGAUUUGUAACUCCCUCUUUCUGUCUUAACAGAGACACUCAAUGCUGCUCACAUCAACUAUAAAUAUUUUAUGAUCUGGGUGGGAAACAGGGAUAGUUAUUCAAAAGCCAGUGCAGUGUUACAAAAACCGAAAAAACAAGAGUUUGGGUUUUUUUAACCAGAAAUGUGCAAGUGCAAAACAGAAAAUGUUACCAGCUCCUAGUUACCAUGUUUCACUAUGGGCAAAAUGUAGGUGGUAAUGGCUACUAACUAAGAUGGUUUUAAAAGAAGAUUAGACAAACUCACGGAGGAGAAGACAGCUAUGAAUGUCUGCUAGCCAUGAUGGCUAUGCUCUGCCUCCAUGGCCAGAUACAGUGAAUGCUUCUGCGUCCAUUGCUGGAAGCCACAGGCGGGAAGAGUACUCUUGCCCCAGGUUCUGCUUACGGUUUUCCCAAAAGAGACUUCUGGUUGAUCACUGUGAGAACAGGAUGCUGGACUAGGUGGGCUGUUGGCCUGAUCCAGUAGGCUCUGCUUAUGUUCUUAUGGAGGCCUGUGCUAGUUUGGGGCACACGUUUCCUUUUUUGCUUUUUAAUAUAGAGCAGGGGUCAGCAAGGUUUAUCUUGCCUGGGCUGGAUCGGUCCCGGGGAGAUCCCUCUGUGGGUCGGAUCGCAUAUGCACCCGCGAUUUUUGGUGUCUGCUUAGACGUGAUUUCCGGUGCCACAGAAGCAAGUCCCCGCCUCACGCUGUGCCGGUUUAGCACAACACGCAAGAGGGCAGCUCGGUUUGGGGGCAGCUCGUGGGCCAGUCAAACGACCUCUGCGGGCUGCUUCCGGCCCAUGGGCCUUUGGUUGCUGACCCCUGAUAUAGAGCUCUUGCACAAUACUGAUAUUUAGCUAUGCCAGAAUUCUCGUAAAUAGGUGCUUUCUGCAUGCAGUGUUCAGUGGAAAUAAGGCAUGCUCAUGCUGUUUGAAAACAAAAUGGCUCGCAGAGGGGGCAAACUUACAGACGAGCUUUAGUUUUAGAUUCCUGCAUUGCAUGGGGUGGGACUAGGUCCCUUCCAGCUCUACAAUUCUAUGACCUAUGAUUCCUGUCUUUCUCCCUGCAGGACCAGUGAUCAAAGCUGAAGUCGGAGAUACUAUCCAGGUUACGUUUGCAAACAAAGCCUCUUGGCCUUUUAGCAUUCAGCCCCAUGGUGCGUUUUAUGAAAAGGAAUGGGAAGGAACUGCUUACCAGGAUGGUUAGUUCUUACAUGCACAUUUUCAUUUUAGCAACAGCUGUAUAAAAACUGUGCUCUUCACUUGCUUAGCAAGACCAGGAUGAAUUGCUUGGGGUGAAGAAGUAGAGGUUGUUUUCAGUUAUUUCAGAAAGGGCAGGUUUCACAAUGCUUUUAAUGCAGGAGCUCCCUAUAAGAAAGGGUUGCAGUGUUGGAACUUUCCAGUUUGGAGUGAGGUCUCAUUCAGACCUCCUUUUGUGCCACAUAUUUUAGGAUCAGGUCUCUGCUUUAAAGCUCCAUGUCUGACACUCCCCCCCCCCCCGGUGCUUUCCCCACAAAAACCCGCUCUUUACUGCUGAAUCGGAACAAACAGCCAUUUGGAUUUUCCACGGGAUUCUGUUUGCUCAGAUUCAGCAUCAAAGAGCAGGUCUUUCUGUGGAAAGCUGCAGAGCAAAAUUUUAAAAAAGUGCUUGGACACUGACUUUUAAAGUUGGACAUCUGCCUGGAAAGCGUGAGGCUUGAUAUGUGUGGAUGAGCCCUAAGAAAUGGCAUGAUAGAAGUCUGCAAAAUUGUGCAUGGCAUUUCGGAGAAAGUGGAUGGAGAAAAGUUGACACAUAGGGCUUAUCCAUGCUCCCACUUGUCCCAUGUGUAGAAAGUAUGAGACUGAGUGGUUUUCCUCUUGUCCUGUGCUUUCUGGGCAUGGGGCCGAGCGACCUGCAAUGUGGCACUGCCAGAGGAAUUAUGAUUCUGAAUAACAGUUGCUGGGAAUCAGGUGAGGAAUCCUUUUUCAGCUAGAGGGAUGAUUUCUCAUAUGGACAAGUUUCCAAGGGACCUGCCUCAAAAUGGGAAGAAGCCCAGGAGCAGAAUCUAAGCACAAGGGCAGUCCUCUCCCCUCCUGCGGUUUCCAGCAGCUGGCAUUCAGAAGCAUUGGAGGCAGGGCAUGGCUAUCCAGCCUAGUAGCUCCCCUGCCCAUCAAGAGCUCCCCUGCCCAUUUUUGCCUCCAGCCCCACCCACCACUGAUAUGUGGCCCCUGGAAACCUGCCUGGAAGAAAAUGCAGCCCUCAAGCUGAAAAAGAUACCCCACUUGCUGGGGGAGGGAGCAAGGCCCACUUAGAGCAUGGGGUCUGGGAGCACGGGGGUUUCUCUUUCUCCACCCCACCCUUCCAGUUGUAGGGUGGCUCCGAGGCUUUGGAUAGACACAAACAGAACCCCGAAUAAGAUGCAAUUGUACUGUGUUCUUGUUGCAAGCCGUGCUGACAGCUUGGUUAUGAAGUGGGGGAAACGAGCCAAACCACAAAAAUUAAGAAGACACAAUGCCAUGAAAAGGUAGACAAAAGAACAACUCAAAUUGUCUAGGGAUUGGAGAACUCUUCCUAAGAGUAGGUGUUAAAGUUUCUGAGGCCUCUGAGGGUAAGGCAGGUGGGGAGAUAGUGGAGGUACAGUGGUACCUUGGGAUGCGAAUGGGAUCCGUUCCGAAGCCCUGUUCAGAUCCUGAAGUGAACGCAACCCACGCCUGCGCAUCUGCGUGUGCGCGCAUCACGUUUCGCCACUUCUGCGCAUGCGCGUUACGUCAUUUUGACCGUCUGCGCAUGCGGCGAAACCCGGAAGUAACACGCUCCGUUACUUCCAGGUUGCCACGGAGCGGAACCCGAAAAUACUUAACUUGAAGCACAUUUAUCCCAAGGUAUGACUGUAUAUAGAAUGAUGGAUGGUAUGGAAAAUGUAGCUUGAGAAAUGAGUGUCUGCCUAUCAUAAUUCUUAGACUCAGGAGAUUGCUGAACAGCACUGGUCAGUAAGAUCCAGACUGACAAGAGAAAACAUUUCUACCCAAACAUGAAAUUAACCCCCUCGCAGCACUGUCUCUCACCAGCUUCGCACCCUCCAGAUAGUUCCCAUCACCCUUGGCCAUCUUUGUGGGGACUCAUGGGAAGUGGAGUCCCGCAGUAUUUGCAGUACACUAAGCAGGUUUCCCCCGGUUCGUGCUAUCUCCCCCCAGCUGCUAUGAACGGCUUUAAAAUUUCGUUUAUUUGUUUUUUGCUUUUAUAUCCCACCUUUUCCUUCAAAGAGCCUGAGGUGUGGUGUGCAUGGUCUCCCCAUCACCAUCAAAUCCCCACAACUGUGAGGUAGGUUUGACCAAGAGGCAGUGGCUGACCCAAGGUCACCCAGCAAGCUUCAUGCCCAAGUGGGGAUUUGAACCCUGGUCUCUCCAACACUCUAACCACUACACCAUAACUAGCUCUAAUGAUACAGGGAGAUGCAUAACCCUUCUUGCUUUUCAAAGGCUUAUCUAGGAACGGAGCUGCUGUGAAGCCUCUGGGGAGCUUUGUGUACCACUGGAUGGUCCCUCAGCAUGUUGGGCCUACAGCCACCGACCCUCCUUGUCUGACCUGGAUGUACUCUUCUGCAUCAGAUCCGGUCAGAGACACCAAUUCUGGCUUAGUGGGGCCCUUGCUUAUAUGUCGGCCUGGGACUCUUGAUGAACAUAAUAAGCAGGUAUGCUUGGUUGCUUUGCCGUUGUGCCAUUGACCAGUAUCAGCAGAAGGGACUGGAGAUGGGUAAUUUUUUGAGACUCAACCUACGUUAGUACUCCCAUGCAACCACCAUCAAAACUGCCAGCCCUACAGGGUCUGAAUUCCCUGGCUCCCUACUUGAUUGACAGUGGCUUGUGGUUAGGUGGGUAGACUUGGAACAUGAUGGCGAUUAUUUUAUUGCUUAUAUCUCGCCUAUCCUCUCCUGAGUCCAUGGCAAUUAACAGCAAAGUUACAGCAUUAAACACAAAGCAAAAAGUUUUACUUAUUUACUUACUUUACUUAUUUAUAAGUAUAAUGGAACCUCGGUUUUCAAGUGUCUCAGAAGUCGAAUGUUUCGACUUUCGAACUCCAAAAAUCUGGAAGUAAUUGCUUCAGUUUUUGAACGAUUUUUGGAAGCUGAACAUGCCACAUGGCUUCCGUUUUGAGUUUGCCUGUUGUAUUGAGGCUUCUGUAUUGAGUGGUUUCUGAACAUUUUGGAAGUCGAACGGUCUUCUGGAAUGGUUUACGUUUGAAAACUGAGGUUCACUGUAUAUUUGUAUGCGGUUUUGUCAUUAAAAAAUCUAAGCCAUUUACAGCAAUAAAACCAUACAAUAAAACCAUUAAAAAUUUAAAAAACAGAUAUCAAAUAACUAUUGUAGUAGGACAUGUUAUUAACUGCCAGCAUAGGCCUAGCAGAAUAGAAAAGAUUUCAGCAGAAAUUUAAAAGUUGACAAAGAAGGCAUGAAUCUCCAGUGGCAGGGAGUUCCAUUGACACUCAAGGCUUCGUUUCUCACUGUUGUCAAAUGAGCCUCACCAACUCGGGGAAUGACCAGCAAUGCUCUUGCGACUAUAACCAACAAUGAUUAGUGCAUGAGAAUAGGUAUUUUUCAAAAGCCUGACAUCCUGUGUGUUGUUGCUAUCCUAGAAAGGUGUCGAGAAGGAGUUUUAUCUCUUGUUUGGUGUGUUUGAUGAAAAUCUAAGUUGGUAUCUGGAUGCAAAUCUGAAGUACUUCUUGAAAAAGGACCAUCCUUUUCAAGAUCAAGACUUCAAGGAAUCCAACAGGAUGCACGGUAUGUCAUCACGCCCACUCUUAGGGAAUGAAGACGCAGUCGAGCAUUGGAUUACCUAGAAAUUAAUCGGAGCACCUAUCUGAAAUAUCUACUCUGAGCUAUCACCUCAGAAAGGAUGUUAUAGAGUUGGGAAAGGUUCAGAAAGGGGCAACCAAAAUGAUUAAGGGAGUGGAGCAACCCCUCUGUAAUCAGAGGUUGCAACAUUUGGGACUUCAGUUUAGAGAAAAGGCAUGUAAGAGACAAUGUUUGUAAACAAUCUAUGGCAUGGAGAAAAUGGAUAGAGGAAAGCCCCCCUCCCCCCAUAACUCCAGAACACAUGGGCAUCCAAUAAAGCCGAAUUUAAGAAGAUUAAGGACAGAUUAAAGAGAGGACUUCUUCACUCAGCGCAUAGCUGAACUGCAGAACUUGCUUCCAGAAGAGCCAAGGAUGGGCCACUAACCUAUAGGUUUAGACAAAUUCAUAGAGGAGAGGACUAUUGAUGGCUACAAACCUAUAGUACUGCUUUUGGGAGACAAGGUCAGGCAGGUGUGGAGGACUGUCUGGUCCUGAAUGGGGUAACUGUGCCCCUGAAGGACCAGGUGUGCAGCCUGGGAGUCAUUUUGGACUCACAGCUGUCUAUGGAGGCACAGGUCAAUUCUGUGUCCAGGGCAGCUGUCUACCAGCUCCACCUGAUAUGCAGGAUGAGACCCUACCAGCCCACAGACUGUCUCACCAGAGUGGUGCGUGCUCUAGUUAUCUCCUGCUUGGACUACUGCAAUGUGCUCUAUAUUGGGGCUACCUUUGAAGGCGACCCGGAAACUGCAACUAAUCCAGAAUGCGGCAGGGAGUGGCCACUGAGACUAUAUAACACUGGUCCUGAGAGACCUACAUUGGCUCCCAGUGUGUUUCUGAGCACAAUUCAAAGUGUUGGUGCUGCCCUUUAAAGCACUAAACGGCCUCAGCCCAGUAUACCUAAAGGAGCGUCUCCACCCCCAUCGUUCAGCCUGGACACUGAGGUCCAGCUCCGAGGGCCUUCUGGCGGUUCCCUCAUUGAGAGAAGUAAGGUUACAGGGAACCAGGCAGAGGGCCUUUUCAGUAGUGGUGCCUGCCCCUGUGGAAUGCCUUCCCAUCAGAUGUCCAGGAAAUAAACAACUAUGUGACUUUUAUAAGUCACAUCUGAAGGCAGCCCUGUUUAAGGAAGUUUUAAAUGUUUGCUGUUUUAUCGUGUUUUUAAUAUUCUGUUGGGAGCCGCCCAGAGUGACUGGGGAAACCCAGCUAGAUGGGCAGCUUAUAAAUAAUAAACUAUUAUGUUAUUAUUAUUACAAGCCAUGAAGGCCAUGUUCUGCGUUAACAAGUUGGAGGCAGCAAUGCUUCUCAAUGCCAGUUGCUGCAAACCACAGGAGGGGAAAGUGUAGCUCUUGCACAGCUUGCUGGUUUUCCAUUGGGCAUCUUGUUGGUCAUUAUGACAACACGAUGCUGGAUUUGGCCUGAUCCAGCAGGCUCUUACAAUAUUCUUAUUUAUUUCAUUUAUUUCUUUUGUAAAGUUUGUACUCUGCUUGGAUGCAAAAAAAAGAAAAAAGCCCCCCCCCCAAUUCAAAGCAGUAUAUGAAAAGGUAUGGUCUAUGCAUGAAUCAAAUAAAUAAAUGUCUCCUUUUUUGUUUAUUUUCCUUUGGGGUUCCCCCCCCCUUAAAGCCAUUAAUGGGUUCCUGUUCAGCAACAUGCCUCUCCUAGAUGUCUGCAGGGAAGAAACUGUCUCCUGGCAUCUCUUGGGCUUUGGCAGUGAAGCCGAUGUCCAUGGCGCAACCUUCCAGGGAAAUACGGUCUUGAUGAAUGGGAUGAGGCGAGAUGGAGCCAGUCUCUUCCCUCACACAUUUGCCACAGCCCUCAUGCAGCCAGAUCACGAAGGUAAAUGCCUCAACCCAUUUGCAACCUUUCUCUCUCAUGCCCAAACCAUAUAUUUUAUGCAUGCUUAAAAGCACAAGGUUUCCCUGAAAGAAUCCUGGGAACUAUAGUUUGUUAAAUGUCUUGGGGAAUUACAGCUCUGUGAGGCGUGGGCUACAUUUUGCAGGAUGCUGUGGGGGGGGGGAGUGUGUGCUUCCAAUGUAUGGUGUAGACCAGUGUAGUCAGUUUAGAAGCAGAGUAAACAUUUUCAGUCUAAUCAUAACCUUUACUGUCCAAGGAAACAGAGUUACGCAAGCUUUCAAUAAAGGCCAUGUAGAGGCAGUGACCUUGGAUAUGCAAGAUCUCUCUUCUAAAUCCCUGGAGAUGAAUUUUUCAGGGUUUUGUUUUGCUUUCAAGCUUGAGGCACAAGUCAGUGUGGUAGAAUCACAGAAUUGUAGGGCAUAGUGCAAUUGAAAUUAGAACCUGGGAGACCAGGGUUCAACUUUCCACCCAGCAAUGAAGCUUAGUGGGCUCUCUUGAGUCACACCCUCCUUCUCAGCCAAAUCUACCUCACAGAAUCGUUGUGAGGAUAAAAUGAGGGUUCGUUAGUUAGACCCAUGGCUUGAUAUGAUAGAACACAAGUCUGUCCUGCAAAUGCAAGCCCAAGGGGGGGAGGUGACAUGAAUGAAUUUUAUAAAAAUUAUGCCUGGCAAAGAGAAAGUGGACAGAGAAAAGUUGCUCUACCUCUCUCAUGACACUAGAAUUUGUGGACAUCCAAUGAAGCCAAAUGUUGGAAGAUUAAGAAAGGUGAAAGGAAGUCCUUCGCAAAGCAGACAGUUAAUAAUAAUAUUAUAAUAAUUUAUUAUUUAUACCGCACCCAUCUGACUGGGUUGAACUGUGGAACUCCCUGCAGUGGACUACAAAGCCCAUCAGCCACAGCCAACACAGCCAUAUGGCACUGGGGGGGGGGGGGACAUUCCUGUGCUGGCUGAGGCUGGUGGGAGUUUUGAUUGAAAACAUCUGGAGGGACCUGUCUGCCACCAUCUUGCACAUCUCUGUUUAUGCUGCCCACUAGGGACUUUUGAAGUAUACUGUCAGACUAGCAACCACUACCAGUCUGGGAUGAGAGGACGUUACUCAGUUCAGCAGUGUGGGAAGAACACACUGUUUCCAGACCAGCAAUAUGAGCAAGUGAGGACCUUCUACAUCAUGGCAGAAGAAGUGGAGUGGGACUAUGCUCUGGAUCGCCAUUGGGCACUGGAAAGAUAUAACAGCUCUGCGGAGGAGAGGUAACUGGUCUGCUUCAGAAAGGAGCAGGAGGACUAGAUAGUCCAUUGGCCUGAUCCAGCAGGCUCUUCUUCUGUUCUUCUGGCUCCUCUCCAUGCCAAGUUGGCUGAGUUAACUUUUAUUUGCUUGCUUUACAGUAUGGAUUUGUAUGCCACCUUUCAAAACAAAAGUUUCCAUAAGGGGGCUUAUAGUCAGUGUCAUAAUAUUAAAAACAAAACAAAAACACAAAUACCUGCAGUUUUAUAAAGAGACAGCAUAAGACAAUUACUAGUCCAUACCCACAAAAUAAUGUUACAGUUUAAAUACAGAGAGCUUAAAAACCCAGCUUUUCCUUUUAACCCAAAGGGGCAAUGAGGUUGUCAGACCCCCAGAACUUUCCUGAAGUUCCCAGGUUUGCUUGGCCAUUACCGGGGGGCGGGGGGGAACGGCUUGAAUCUCCAGGUGGACAAGUCCACCUGAAAAUAUUAAUAUUAUUAUUAUUGUUGUUGUUGUUGUUGUUGUUGUUAGUAUUAUCAUUAAGGCUGUGAGUGCAGCUUGCAAGCUUCAGCCUAGUAAAGGUAAAGGUAAAGGGACCCCUGACCAUUAGGUCCAGUCGUGACUGACUCUGGGGUUGCAGCGCUCAUCUCGCUUUAUUGGCUGAGGGAGCCAGUGUACAGCUUCCGGGUCAUGUCAGCGGAAACGCCAUUUACCUUCCCGCCAGAGUGGUACCUAUUUAUCUACUUGCACUUUGACGUGCUUUCGAACUGCUAGGUUGGCAGGAGCAGGGACCGAGCAAUGGGGAUUCAAACCACCAACCUUCUGAUCAGCAAGUCCUAGGCUCUGUGGUUUAACCCACAGCGCCACCCGCAUCCUUCAGCCUAGUAGGAGCCAGCUGAAAAUCACAGCACAAACUCUCUGAGGGUAUCUUCACUUCCCCCUCUCCCCCCUCCCCUUUUCUAGUUAGACUCUGUCUUUGCAAAUUAUUGCAUAGACUUAGUGAUUUCACCAAGACCUGUCCCCCAUGACAUCACUGGGGCCCACACCUGCGUCCCAGGUUUGGGCCCUGAAAUAUCAGGAUCUGUGAAGCUCCUGACCUGACAGUCUUUGGGGCAAAGAACUCAAACAUACAUUCCAGGUCAGUUUAUUAAUAAUAGUAACAACAGCAGCAGUGUGUUUUAAGCACAGUUGCUGUGGUGGUUAUCAUUAUUGUGAUAUUGUUCAUUUUUAUUCAUUUCAUAAAAAAAUAUUCUAUGCUGCUUUAUUCGGGGGGGCAGGGGACCCCAAAGCUGUUUAUGAAAAAGCUAAAGCAAUAAAAUUAUAAGAAAGAAGAAUUAACUGUAAUAAUUUGGGGCCCUUUCCAACUCGACAAUUCAGUGAUUCUAAGCUAAGAAUUUUUCAGGGGGGUAUAUGUGGAAAUCAAAAUGACUAUAAACUAAAAACAAAUUGAAAUUCACACCAACUUCAUAAAUGUAUGGGUAGGCUAGCCUAAACAAAAUACAUAUCUUACAGAUGCCGAUAAGACAGCUGUGAAGGUGCCUGUGUGGUAUCGGUAGCCCAAGGAAUGUCUGUUUUUCUAAGCCUGGGAAAUGCAGGCUGAAUUGAGUGGCUAGUCGCAAUAGUUCCUCAGAAACUAGAACAAAGACACAGGCAAGAAUUAGGGGUGCUUCCUGAGUAUUAACCCCAAGUGAUCCAGAAAACCAGGCUUGGCUGAAUCACAGUCCACCCUCCUCGCUCCCCUGAUAACAUUCUGGGACACAUUUCACACACACCCAUCCCGCCUCCUGCUCCCUAGUUUAAAAUGAGGCAGAUUCCUCUCCUUUCCCCUGUUCUUCUUUGCCCCUUCCCAGCUUGGCUGCUUGCUCCUGCUGAAAGCCCAGGCAUUUGCCCUCUUCAGUCUUCCUAGUGUUUCAGACCAUUCCAAACCUUGAAUAUCUGCAUACAAAAGGGAUGGCGUGCCCUCUGGCCUUUUAACAUGCUUCCUAAUUCUUGCCCUGCUAUUGCUCCCCAGCAGCACCAUAUGGAAGGCAGAAGAUUUUUGAGGCUUUAAAUGUGUGGAUUGCAGCAAUGUGGCCUAAGGAAAGAGGUGGGGAACCUAAGGCUGGGGGGCAAAGGAGGCCCUCUCUGGGCCUCAGCAGCCAGGGCUCCAACCACCCCCUCAGUUCCGCACACACCUGAGUGCUUUUGCCUGAGUGUCCUUCAACAGAAUGCCUCCCACUUGCCGGAAAAGAGGCUGGGGAGACAUGUAGGUGGGUAAAAGCUUCCGACUUUUGCACAGCUAGAACGCAGCUGAUUGCAGAAAGAUAACAGCAACAUCCAUUUUCAGGGCUGUCUUAAGAAUAUCCGGCUGUGGUGCAAAGAUCCCUCCGGCGCCCCACCCCGCGUUUUACAGAGUUGUCAACCUUUUCCCAAGCCUCUGCGGGGAUCGCUCUCCUCCGCAGGGGCUUGGGAAGGAAGCUGCAUGUCCGCCAGCCAUAUAGUUGGCAGGGCACAGCUUCCAUCCUAAGCCUCUGCAGGGUCGCUCUCCUCCUGCGGAGGCUUGGGAGGCAAGCUGCAUGCCUGCCAGCCAUCUGGUUGGUGAGGCGCAGGUGGCGGGUGCAGGGAAAGGGGAGGCCGCCGGCAAAGCCACGCAGCUUCCCCACUCGCUGGGGUGCCCCUGAGAAGCCAGCGUCCUGGCGCAACGCGCCAGUAAUCCCAAUGGAAAAGACGGCUCUGGCCAUUUUAGCUCUAGCCACAUCCACUUUUGCCUCUCUGGCCCUGCUGAUCCCUGGAAUGUGGCCCCUUGAAAGUUGCUCAUGUGUGAAUGCAGCCCUGGCUGGAGGGAUCUCAUGAAACCAUUCCACCACCAACACCAAGGGCAUGCACCAGGAUAUUAUCACUUUUAGUUCCCCUGCUAGUUCAUAGCUGACCUGUACCCAGGUCCCCCUAUGCUAAGCCGUUUCCAGGCAUCUCUCAAAGCCUUUCCUCUCAGCGGGCUUCACAUCUCCAGAAACCAGAUUCCCUAGAGCCAUGACCUGCCCAGCACAGACAAGAUGUGUGUUAUUGUUUUAUUAAUGCCAACAGAGCAUCAUUAACGCACAAAGGAACUUCAGCAUUCACAGGUAUAGCGACGUGUUUCUGAGUGGCAAGAACGGACUCCUUGGCUCCCGGUACAAAAAAGCAGUAUACAGGGAAUACACGAAUGGGACGUUCAAGACCCCAAAGAGCAGGACGGAUGGCGAGGAACACCUAGGGAUCCUGGGUAAGGAGAAGGAUUGUACACAAAGUAGGUGCUGCUCCUCUCACCUCUCCAGGAGUUAGUGAUGGCCACCAAAUUAGAUGGGUUUAAAAGAUGUCCCACUGACCUGAUCCAGCAGGAUCUUCUUUUGUUCCUGUGUUCCAUUCGAGCAAGUCUGGGGCUUAACCUGCAAGCAAGUUUGUUAGAUAGCACAAUCAGAAACAGGCCUUUGGCUACAGGGGUCUUUUUUACUUAUUUUUGCUUUUACUUUUUUUUACUUCCAUAGAAAAGGGUGAAUAUAAAUUAAAUGCAUGGGGGGGGUGCCAAUUGUCACUUUGAUGAAAACAGCAUUGCAUGGACACUGAAAAAAAAAUGUGCACAAAAAUCCCACAAUGAACACCCAUCCAGAUGACCUGGUCUACACGUGCAGCAGAGUUAGAUGUUUGAAAGCUAGAGACAGUAGAGUGCACUGUACUGUUUCAGACAGCAGGUGGGGGUAUAACUUAUGAAUCAGCACCUUUGUAAAAACAUUCUCUGCAAAUGAAUUUUAAUGCAGUAGGUGUUACAGGACUCUCGUUUUUCACAGCAAUAGGCUAACUCAGCUAUACCGCUGGAAAUUGUUGCUAGAUUUACCAGUUUUCUAAUUAACAAGAGGUGGGUUUUUUAUGGUUUGGUUUAGUUUGAUACUCUAGGAGAAUGUUCAAAAAAUAGGAUGCCUUGUGGUCAGAGGUGGUACAUUGCAUUCCCCGGCCUCAGAACCCUGCCAUUCUGUUAACACUUCAUAUGUCUGCAUGUAUAAACCAAGCCCGGUCACUGCUUUUUUUCCAGCUGGAGCUCACUGAAACCCAGUUCUGGCACCUCUUAGGUGGGCGCCAUUGCCAUUCUAAGAGAACAAGGGGGGUGUUCGUGGUGAGUUCUGGCACCUUUUUCUAGAAAAACAGCACUGGAGGCAUAAGGGUUUGUUAUUCUGACUGGUGUGUAAUUGGAAUGCAGAGUUAAAGUAAAUUAUCAAAUCAUCAAUUCUAGCACGCAGGGGACCGCCUCUCCUGGUAUGCCCCGCGGAGGACCUUAAGGUCCACAAAUCACAACAUUUUGGAGGUCCCAAGUCACAAGGUGGUUAGAUUGGUCUCAACUAGGGCCAGGGCCUUUUCAGUACUGGCCCCAACUUGGUGGAAUGCUCUGUCACAAGAGACUAGGGCCCUGCGGGACUUCACAUCUUUCCACAGGGCCUGCAAGACAGAGCUGUUCCACCUGGCCUUUGGUUUGGACUCAGUCUGACCCUUAUGUUUCCCUCCCCUUGUGGUUUUGGUCUAUGGGCUAUCAUAAAAUGAGGAUGCUUUUUAAAUUGUACCUUAACCUGUAUUUUAAAUUGGUCCCCCCUAUUAUGUUUUUAUUGUAAUUUUACUGGUGUUAGCCGCCCUGAGCCCAGCUUUGGCCGGGGAGGGCAGGGUAUAAAUAUUUUUUUAAUUUUUAAAAUUAUUAUUAUUUUAUUAUUACAAUUGGCAUUAUUAAUUGUAUUAUGAUUUGGUAUUAUAAAUUGGUAUUGACAACAAGGCUUUUAUUGGGUUAUUGUAACUGAAAACUAAUAAAAAUUAUUACAUAAAAAAAAAGAAAAAUAGCACUGGGCCUGAUGUACCUUGGACUUCAAAUUAUCAUCAUAAUAGACUCCCAUUAUAAAUGUAAGAACUGAGGAUGUCUAGGCAAUCGAGAGUCUUCUCCCCCAUUGUGAUGCCUUUCCAGAUGUAGAUGGGAGUCUCUCUGUGGCAACAUUCACAACACACAUUUAAAGCAGUAUCUGAGCACCAUGCCACUUCAAACAGUCACGACACCCCCCCAAAAAAAAAAAAAUUCUGGGAGCUGUAGUUUGUUAAGGGUGCUUAACGUUGGUAGGAAGCCCCUGUUCCCCUCCCAGAGGUACAAUUCCCAGUGUGGUUUGAUAAUGCAGCUCCCAUAAUCCUUUUGGGGAAGCCACUGACUAUUUAAACUGGUAUAAUAGAACUUUAAUGGCAUGAUGUCAAUGUGGACUGUAUCUCUGGAGUGCUGUGUUCUUUUGAUAAGUUUUUUUCUGCUUUUCCCUCUCCAUGGCUCUUCAGCGUACUGUGGGUAGCGAUGGAAAUUUAUUAUGUGCUGCUUAUUAUGGGCUGUUCUGUCCAUGCCCACUCUUUUCUGCCCAUGCCUUUCCUGCUCUCAUGGGAAAAUAGCUGGGUCAGUAUAAAUAACUACCGCAGCUUAGUCACAGUGCAAGCCAUCAGAAGAGAUGGGUCUGACGAUAAUUGCAGGGGAGCACAGCUGUACUAGGCACAAAACAAAUCUGGGGCCCAGACUCUCAGCUUUUCUAUUUCCUUUUUCUUUUUAAAAACGGUUUUAUUAACGUUAUUAUUGCAAUUCAUUGCCAUAGCGAUUAUAUAUGAAGGAUUCUUGUCUUCUAAGAAGAAAAAAGAAAACAAAUUAACUAGAAAAGGCGGGGGAGCGGAGAGAACAUGAGAUGUGGAAGGCGGAAGGGAUAAUAUAACAAAAAAUUCUAUGGGGCAAUUAAUAAAAGGAAAAAUGUCAUCAUUUACAUUGUCAUCCAGAAAUGUAAGAACUUCGCAAUACAUUUUGUUUUCUUAAUUAUUUCAGAUUGCAUUUUUCUUUUCUUUCUUCGGUUUUUUUGGUAAUUGGUUUUUCAAUUUCAAUUAACAAAAUAUAGCCAUACUAGGAAAAGGAGGCUUAGUAGAUGUACAGAAAAGAAAGCUAAAUAGCAGCUGAUGGUUGUAUUUUUAAACAUUCCAAGAAAGACAAUCAAAUGAAAGUAUCUCUCAAUAAGUUUCCUUGAGUCUGUUGAGAGUGAAAACCAUGUUUGAUUGCCUUAACAAAGCCAAUAAAAGGAUAUAUAGAAAGCGUUAGUCCUCCCAUCGCACUGGAUCAAUAUUCCUUUUGUGAAAUGUUUGUCCAAAAGCAUGAAGUCCUAUACUUGCAAACUUCAGCCUUCAAAAAGAUUUGCAUUUAAAGUUUUCCAAAUCUUUAUGAUCACUAAUCUAGCUGCCAAUAAUAAAUGGAGGAUGAGGUUCUUAUUAGUUAUGUUCUUAAUCUGAGGAGUAAAAUAAGUGCUGCAUGUUUCUUAUACAUAAGUUUUAUCAUUAAGAUAUUUUGCCAGGUUUUCCUUGGCUAAUUAGUUGUAGCAGGGGGAUCUUUGUUUCCCCAUUUUUGUAGCUUUCCUUUCCUUUUGUAAAAGCCUCUUCCCCUUGAAGAAUGAGAAUUCUGAAGCAAGAUAUUCAGGCACCACUCUAACCAGUUCAUUCAGGAGAAGUGAGCCUCCUCUUGCCUUUCAGUGUUUUAGCUAAUUAAAAUUGUUUGCAAAGAUGAUGCAUGGGUGUAUAGCAAGGUUUAUUUUGGGGGGGGCAGGCCUUUUGUUGGGGUGACAGAACCUCAGUUAGCUAUGCAUUUUUAUUGAUUUUUAUUGAUUUGGGGGGACAACUAUCCCCCCUGCGCCCACCCGGCUAUUCCCAUGUAAAGGUAAAAGGGCCCCUGACCGUUAGGUCCAGUCGUGACUGACUCUGGGGUUGCGGCACUCAUCUCGCUUUAUUGGCCGAGGGAGCCGGGGUACAGCUUCCAGGUCAUGUGACCAGCAUGACUAAGCUGCUUCUGGCGAACCAGAGCAGCGCAGAGAAACACCGUUUGCCUUCCUGCCAGGGUGGUACCUAUUUAUCUACUUGCACUUUGACGCGCUUUCGAACUGCUAGGUUGGCAUGUAUAGUAGGCUAAAUCAAACACACUCAGGUAAAAGCAGGCAGGGUUGUGCAGAACUGAGAGGUGUGGCCUGCAUUGAGGCCUGGAGAGUUGCUUUCUCCCAAAGCAGCAGGUUAAAAUAGUGCUUGCAUAUUUCACUUCAGAACUCUCAUUACUUAGAGAGUGGGGACUUACUUUGCCAAGCAAGCAAGUGGAGGGCGGGUCUGGGUCCCAAAUUCACUCUGAACCUAGUAUAGCAAUGCCCCCUGCACGUCUUGGCAGGCUUGAGUAGACCCACUUCUUCCGAUAGCUUGGACUGUGGAAACAUUGAGAUAAUUAUUUGUACUGACCCAGCAAUAGCCACAGCUACUGCAUGAGCACAUGCACAUCACUGUAUGAGCAUUGUUAUGCCACCCACGUAUUGCUUUCAAUGCACUGCUUUCAAGUGUACAUCUUUUUAUGUUGUUCUCAUCCAUUCCUAGUCACUGUCCCAACAGCGCUUGUUCCCUAAAGCAUCUCCUUGCCUCUAGGUCCGUUCAUCUGGGCAGAAGUGGGAGACGUCCUCAAUAUUGUGUUCAAGAACAACGCCACACGGCCUUACUCCCUUCAUGCCCAUGGAGUCCUGGAGAAGAACAGCAACAAAGGCUCAGAAGCAGCAAUGCCUGGUGAGUCUUAGGCCUCUGCUGUGAGUUGCCUUGUCUAGACCCCUGUGUCAUGUAUAGUGGCCAAGCUUCUUAUUAACUAUCCCCUGCAGUGCUCACAGAGACCACCUGGAGUCCAUCCUCAGGCACCUGUAUGGUUAGAGGCUGGGUGGGCUCCCUAUCAUUUUGCACAGUCUGGGACCCAUACCAAUAGACCCGAGUGACAAGAAAGGAGAUUCUGAUGAAACAUCAGGAAGAACUUUCUGACAGCAACAGCUGUUCAGCUGUGGAAUGGACCCCAUUGGAAGGUGAUAGACUCUCCUUCCUUGGAAGUUUUUGGUUUUUUGCUUUUGGUUUUUUGCUCCUGAGCUUUCCCCGUAAAAACCUGCUCUUUAAAGCCCAAUGGAAGCAAAUGGCAACCCAAAGAAAACCCAAAGAGCCAUUUCCUCCCAUUAAAGAAGCCAGUGCUCUCCUUUAGAGAGCGGCAUAUCAUGGAGAAAGCUCCAGUGGGAAAGGAAAGGGGGGGUGCUCAGAUACAGAACAAAAAGCUAAAUUAAUUGUAAAUAAUGUGGUGACGGAAGAAUUUAAGAUUGAAAAAGGGACACGACAAGGUUGCCCAAUUUCCCCACUGCUUUUUAUUUUGGUCCUGGAGGUUUUGCUGAACAUGAUUAGAAGGGAUCAGUUGGUUAAAGGUAUACAGGUUGGAGCCAAACAGUACAAAUUGAGAGCAUUUGCAGAUGAUUUAGUAUUGACGUUACAGGAGCCAGAAUCUAGCACCAAAAGGGUUUUAGAAUUGAUUCAAGAAUUUGGUCAAGUCGCAGGAUUUAAAUUGAAUAAGGCAAAAACUAAGGUUUUAGAGAAAAAUCUAACACCAAUAGAGAGAGAGAGGUUUCAGAAUGAGACAGGUUUAACAGUGGUUAAGAAAGUUAAAUAUUUGGGGAUCAACUUGACAGCAAAAAAUGGGAACUUAUUUAAAGAUAACUAUGAAAAAUGCUGGGCUGAAGUGAAAAAAGAUUUAGAAAUUCGGUCAAAUUUGAAGCUUUCACUGUUGGGUCGUAUUGCUGCUGUAAAAAUGAAUGUAUUGCCUAGAAUGUUGUUUUUGUUUCAAACAUUGCAAAUUGUGGACAAAAUGGACUGUUUCAAGAGGUGGCAGAGAGAUAUUUCUAGAUUUGUCUGGCAGGGUAAGAAGCCCAGAAUAAAAUUUAAAAUACUAACAGAUGCAAAGGAUAGAGGUGGAUUUGCCCUGCCAGACCUUAAACUUUACUAUGAAUCAGCAGCUUUCUGCUGGUUGAAAGAAUGGCUGCUUCUUGAAAACACUGACAUUUUGGAUUUAGAAGGUUUUAACAACGUAUCUGGAUGGCAUGCAUAUCUGUGGUAUGACAAGCUCAAAGCACAUAAAGCAUUUAAAAACCAUAUUGUCAGGAAAGCACUGUUUAAUGUUUGGAUAAGAUACAAGGAUUUAUUGGAAAACAAAACUCCAAGGUGGCUGUCACCGAUGGAAGCGAAAGCCUUGAAAAAGCUCAAUAUGGAGGUCAAAUGGCCGAAAUAUUGGGAAAUUUUGGAACAAGAUGGAGACAGAUUGAAAUUGCAGAGUUUUGAAAACCUAAAAAACAAAGUGCGAGACUGGCUUCAUUACUAUCAGAUAAUGGAGACAUACAAUUUGGAUAAGAAAAUCGGCUUCCAGGUGGAAAAAUCAAAAUUAGAAACAGAAUUGUUAGAACCUGUAAUGAGUAUGAGUUACUCGUGCGUAAACUGGUGCCUCUCUAGGCUAAUUUGCCUUGUUAAACCUUUCUGACUGCACAGCCCUUUCUAAUUGUGACUGCCUCAGUCACUGGCAAAAUCCGUCAGUGGGCGUUUCUUGAACCUCUUCCAACAUAAAAGUUGUUUGACACCCAGUCUCCUCCUCCUCUCACUGCGCGGGAGUCUUCUGUGCAGGGAGGGCGUGGGUAGCGGAGGACCUGUCCCCUCCUCACUGAGUUCCAGUGAAGAGUCCUGGAGCCCUCUCUCCGAUUCCCCCAUCUGCCCACCUUUAUCCCUGGUGUUGCGCUUAAAUGCUUCCCCCUCAAAUGAGCUGUUUCUCCCCCUGCUGCUGGGUCCUUCUCCAGCAUCAUCUAGGAGCCUCCCCUUCGCCUCUCGCUCCGAUGUCAGUUCCCUGACAGAACCCAAAACUAAAACUUUGUCAAAGAUGUAUAACUUGCUGUUGAAAUGGAAUACUCAGGAUGAAACGGUGAAAUCUGCUAUGAUUAAAUGGGCACAAGACGUUGGACAUAAUAUUAUGUUUGCUGACUGGGAACAGUUGUGGACCACAGGUAUGAAAUUUACGGCAUGUAAUGCCUUAAGAGAAAAUAUUAUGAAAAUGAUAUACAGGUGGUACAUAACCCCAGUCAAGCUUGCAAAAAUAAAAAAUUUGCCUUAUAAUAAAUGUUGGAAAAUUAAAUAAACAGAAGGUACAUUUUUUAACCUUUGGUGGACGUGCCCAAAGAUUAAGGCUUUCUGGGAGAUGAUAUAUAAUGAACUAAAAAAGGUAUUUAAAUAUACCUUCUUGAAGAAACCAGAGGCCUUUCUCCUGGGCAUAGUCGGCCAAUCGGUGUUAAAAAGGACAGAACUUUCUUUAUGUAUGCUACAACAGCAGCAAGAAUACUCAUUGCAAAGUAUUGGAAGACACAAGAUCUACCCACACUGGAGGAAUGGCAGAUGAAAAUGAUGGAAUACAUGGAAUUGGCGGAAAUGACUGGCAGAAUCUGUGACCAGGGAGAAGAGUCGGUGGAAGAAGAUUGGAAUAAAUCCAAAGACUAUUUACAGAAAUAUUGCAAAAUUAAUGAAUGUUAGAAUGAUGUUGGAUUGAAGUUAAGUGGUUUCUAGCUGUACAGGCACAAAAAAACAUGGGAAAAUUGGUUCUUAAUAUGUAAAAGGUAAAAUUUAAAGUUAUAUUAUAUCAAGAUUAAAGAUUAGGAUUAAAAAGGAGGGAAAGGAAUUGUUGGAUUAACAUAUUUAAUUAGAAUACAGAAGAGGGAGGUAAGAGGAGGUCCGGGAAACAAGUAAACGUAAAAGAAGUGAGGAAAAGAUGAAAUUGUUUUAAAUUGUUUUUUCUUUUUACUUUGUAUUUUUUUCUUUUUAUUGUUAACUUUUUUAUUACUAAUGUGGUUUUUUGUUUUUUUCCCCUGUGAAACUUUAAUAAAUAUUAUAUAUAUAUAUAAAAAGAGCUUUAAAGUGUAGGCCUGUGCCUGGGAAGAGCAGGCCAAAAGGUAAUUGUGGGUAAGCCCUUGAUUUUCGAUAAGAAACAUUUCAUAACUGGAUAUUUAAACGACUUAAUUGUAAGAUAUGUAUAGAAACCUGAUACAAGUUUUAAUCUUCUUCUAGUCUAUUGUUAUUUUAACUUUUCAAAAAAUUUAAAUUAUUGUUAAUUUUCCACAUUGGUAAUUGUAUUAUCUUUUUUUUUGCAAACCCUUUUGAGGUGUUUUUUAAAAAUAUAAUUAAGCGCUGUACAGUAUAAGGGACAUGGGUGGUGCUGUGGUCUAAACCACUGAGCCUAGGGCUUGCUGAUCAGAAGGUCAGGGGUUCGAAUCCCCGUGACAGGGUGAGUUCCUGUUGUUCGGUCCCAGCUCCUGCCGACCUAGCAGUUUGAACGUGCAAGUAGAUAAAUAGGUACCGCUCUGGCGGGAAGGUAAACGGCGUUUCCAUGCGCUGCUCUGGUUUCGCCAGAAGCGGCUUAGUCAUGCUGGCCACAUGACCCGGAAAAACUGUCUGUGGACAAACACCGUCUCCCUCGGCCAGUAAAGCGAGAUGAGCGCCGCAACCCCAGAGUCGUUCACAACUGGACCUAAUGGUCAGGGGUCCCUUUACCUUUACCUUUACAGUAUGAAUAUACUGUCUCUGAGAUUCCAACAGAAGUAGAAAGAUGUCAAUUUCUCUCUAAUAAUAAUAAUAAAAUUUGUGUCUGUGUCUGUCUCAGGUGAAAUUGUCACCUAUCGGUGGGAUGUUCCUGAAAGAUCUGGCCCAGGACCUAAUGAUUCUGCCUGUGUCUCUUGGAUCUACUAUUCCAGUGUGGAUCCUGUAAAGGUUUGCAGUUUUUCUCUAGCUUUUGUGAGAGGAUUAUACCACCAUGCAAAGGAGCUCCCCACCAGGAUGUUUAUUCAUACUAAGCUUACACUGUGCAAGCAAAGACCUGUGCUCACUGUACAGGUUUCAGGGACAAGGCUGAAGAGGAGGAGGAAUGGUGAAGGUCACCCCCCCCCCUUCUCCUGUAGUUCCCAGAGAAUAGGAUGGCAGUCUUGAAUUACAGCAGGGCUUUCAGGAAAACAACAAUUUAGAGAGAGGAAAACAGCAGAGUUAUAAGGUGUUAGGAGAUGGAGGAGGGGAGGCAAAACAGUUAGCUGACACGUCACUGGAUCGCAUAACCAACCCUUCUCCCAAAACGCGACAUUUGUUAAGGGUGCAGAACAAAGGGCACAGAGACAGUUGACCAUGGAUGGACGCCAUAGAGGCAGGUGUUGUUGCUAGAAGGGAAGGAGAGAGGAGCUCAGUGCGAGCAAUGCCAUCAUUGAGGAAUGACUAGAUUCUUCGUCUUUCACUGUGAUGACUCAAAAAAAAUCUUAAGAAAUAACUUUCUUGUUUCCUCCCUGCUUCUUGGCACCAUUGGGAGAGGGAGAGAAUUCCUCACUCCUGGCAAUAGGGUUGCCAUAUUUCAAAAAGUAAAAACCAGGACACCCCAAAGCUGUUAAGCUUUCAUUUUACAAAAACACACACACACACACACAAAAAAGACAAAGUGCCACCUUUCAGAAAUCACCCCCAGGUGCCAAUUGCACCUUUGAAAUCCCAGUAACGUCUGGGAAAAUCCAGACGUAUGGCAGUUUGGGAAACCCUGGUUUAUAGAAAUCCUUGGUUGUAGCCUGUAGAAUGUACAGAGGUACCUCGGGAUCCGUUCCAGAGCCCCAUUCGCAUCCUGAACGGAACGCAAGACGCAACAGCGCAUCUGCGUCUGUGCGGGUCACGUUUCGCCGCUUCUGCGCCUGCACGUGACAUCAUUUUGAGCGUCUGCGCAUGCGUGAGCGGCAAAACCCGGAAGUAACACGCUCCAUUACUUCCGGGUUGCCGCAGAGUGCAAUACGAACGCGCUCAACCCGAAGCGCAUUCAACUCGAGGUAUGACUAUACUUUGGAGGAGAAUUCUUUUGGUUCCAGAAGCUGCCCCAGCUAACAGGAAUCUGUAAGUAAAAAUGCUAGGAUAACCUUCCCAACUUUUCUCUGCCCUUUUACCCCCAGGAUGUGUUCAGUGGUCUCAUUGGCCCCCUAAAGGUCUGCCGUAAAGGGACGCUGGAUUUAGAUGGUAGAAGGAAAGGUGUCAACAAGGAGUUUGCACUCCUCUUCUUGAUUUUUGAUGAAAAUCAGUCCUGGUACCUGGAGGAGAAUGUGCAAAAGUAUGCCCAAGGGGACUGGGUUCAUUCGCACCGAGAGGACGAAGAGUUUCUGGAGAGCAACAGAAUGCACGGUGACUUUGUGUUAUUACUUUUUCAUCCUGCAUGGCUGCCUGCCUUUGCCCUGGAUUGCAAAGUAUCGCCUAGAAUUGUCUAUAUUAAAAACAGCACCUGGGCCAUCUAUUUCCCACUGUUACCAUCUUGUCAAAAGUAAUGUUCAUAUUUAUUUAUUUGGGUUUCUCACUGGAAAGGCUAUGGGGGUAGGGGAAAGAAAGGGACCUCUCUACCGCCUUUCAACCAAGGUAUUAUGUGUUUUCAGAACCCACCUUAUUCUGAUGACUGUAAAUUGUGUUAACUGGUUUUAGUAUUUCAGUUUAAACUUUAGCAAACCGUCUUGGGACCUGCUGGUGAAGGGCAAGUAAUAAAUAAAUGAUAAAAGCAGCAAUAACUAUAAUAUUUAUAAGAUAGGCAGCAAUACUUCUGAUGCCCCUGGAGGGUAGGGAAGAGAUGCUCUUGCAGGACCAGGCAUCGGGCUCCCAUACCCCAACCCAUGCAAAUAAGAGACCAAUAAGGGACGCGGGUGGCUCUGUGGGUUAAACCACAGAGCCUAGGGCUUGCCGAUCAGAAGGUCGGCAGUUUGAAUCCGUGACAGGGUGAGCUCCCGUUGCUCGGUCCCUGCUCCUGCCGACCUAGCAGUUCGAAAGCAUGUCAAAGUGCAAGUAGAUAAAUAGAUACCGCUCCGGCAGGAAGGUAAACAGCAUUUCUGUGUGCUGCUCUGGUUCACCAGAAGCGGCUUAGUCAUGCUGGCCACAUGACCCGGAAGCUGUACGCCGGCUCCCUCAGCCAAUAAAGUGAGCGCCGCAACCCCAGAGUCGGUCACGACUGGACCUAACAAUCAGAGGUCCCUUGCAACCUUGCCGCCGCUCCUAGACCUGUUCUGGGGUCUGGGGUCGGGGGAAGCUCGGGCUUCCCCCACCCCAGCCCCGUGGCUAAAAAGGAGAAGCCUGAAGCCCCCGGAGCGCAACGCGAACUGCCACUGCGCUCCGGGGGUUUCAGGCAGCUGUCUUCAAGCCUUCGGAGUGCAGCGCUGCGCUCCGAAGGCUUGCGGAUAGCAGACUGAAGCACCCGCAGUGCAGCGCGAACUGCUGCUGCACUCAGGGGGCUUCAGGCAGCUAUCCACAAGUCUUCAGAGAGCAGCUGGAGUUCUCGCUGCACUCCGAAGGCUUGCGGAUAGCCGUCUGAAGCCUGGAGAGCGGGAGGGGUCGGUGCACACCGAUCCCUCUUGCUCUCCAGGCUUCGCUUUGCUGGAGAGGCGCUGCACAAUUUUCCCUCUCUGCGCAGCGCCCCUUCAGCGAAGCGGGAGGAGAAAUGGAAGGGGCUCUGUUUCUCCUGCCGCUUCGCUGAAGGGGCACUGAGCAGAGAGGGGGAGAAUUUUUUUCCCCUUUCUCCCCCUCCUAUGGUCGGGUGCGUCCUAUGGUCCGGUGCAUCCUAUAGACCAAAAAAUACGGUAAAUGGGCAAGGGGCGGAUCUGAGGGAAGCCCACUGUCGGCUCCAUCUGCUCUGCCCUCUGGCACAGCCCGUGUCCCAGCCUGCAUCCUCAUUAGCCAAAGCCAAGUACAGGCUGGGAUACAGUUUCUGAUAGGCGGAGGGAGAGCAGGGGUGUUGCAGGAAGGACACGCAGGAGCAAAGCACCUGAGAUGACUUCUGUAAAGAAGAGAGGGAAAGUCGAUGUGGCAUAGUGGUCAAGAGUAUUGGAUUAAAACCGUGGAGACUGGGGUUCUAGUCCCCACUCGGCCAUGAAGCUCACUGGGUGACCUUGGGCCAGUCACUGUCUAUCAGCCUACCCUACCUCACAGGGUUGUUGUGGGGAUAGGAAAGGAAGACAUAAACCCAUGUAUACCACAUUGAGCUUCUUGGAAGAAAGGUGGGAAAUAAAUGUAAUAUAAUGUAAUGUAGCUACAUUAUGGGAUGCGGGUGGCACUGUGGGUUAAACCACUGAGCCUAGGGCUUGCUGAUCAGAAGGUCGGCGGUUCAAAUCCCCACGACGGGGUGAGCUCCCGUUGCUCGGUCCCUGCUCCUGCCAACCUAGAAGUUCGAAAACAUGUCAAAGUGCAAGUAGAUAAAUAGGGACUGCUCUGGCGGGAAGGUAAAUGGUGUUUCCGUGCGCUGCUCUGGUUCGCCAGAAGUGGCUUAGUCAUGCUGGCCACAUGACCCGGAAGCUGUACGCCGGCUCCCUCGGCCAGUAAAGCGAGAUGAGCGCCGCAACCCCAGAGUCGGUCACGACUGGACCUAAUGGUCAGGGGUCCCUUUACCUUUACCUAGCUACGUUAUAGGGAGAGGCAACUAAAACCGUUACUGGAGUCACUAGACAACCUUUCCUAGGGAAGGUUCCUCUUUAUUCCCAGAUAGGGUGGUCAACCAGAUCCCAUUGUUUGGGGGGGGGGGGAUAUCCCACCCACAGAAGCAUCCCAAGAGAUUGUAACAGUUUCUGGUGUCUCAGAAGUGAGGAUCUUAAGAUCAAAUAUUUCAGCCUUCCCCAACCUAGUAGCCCCCAUAACUGUUUUGGACUACAAUUCCCACCAGCCCCAGUCAAUAACUGUACCCCUGUGGGUAUAAGAUGGACAAAAAAUGUAAGUUAUUAGGAUGCAUUGAAAGCUUGUAAUCUUUUCUGACUUUUAGGCUUCAAGGUGAGUUGUAACCGUCUUUAUGGAUAGCAGCUCUGUGCCAUUACAAGGCGUGUAACCUGCUGAAAUCAACUGCUUGUAUAAACCCAUGGAAAACUAACAGUGCCCCUAGCAGCAGUUUGCAAUAUUUCAUGAAGCAAAGAGGGGUGGAUUCCAUUCAUUCAAUAAGCAGACCUUUUCUUCCUUCCUUCCUCCCGCUUAGCCAUCAAUGGUAAACUCUAUGCAAACUUGCCUGGGCUGACAAUGUAUGAAGGAGACUGGGUGAACUGGUACCUGCUGGGAAUGGGCCAGGAGAUUGACAUCCACACAGUUCAUUUCCACGCUGAGACCUUCAUUUAUCGGGUGAGCAUUUGAAGCUGUUGCUUGAAUAACCUUAUGACGCCAUGUAAUGUCAGUCUGCUGCUACCCCUACAAACUGUGGGGUCAGUGUCCUUCUCAGCUUCACCCCCUCCCCCGAAGUUAACAUGAAAAGUUUUUGUUUAAAGAAAAAGCAAGCAAGGGGUGACAUGACAGGCAUUUAUUAAAUUAUACAGGGCAUGGAGGAAAAGUGGACAGAGAAAAGUUUUCAUAACACCAGAAUUCCUGGAUGCCCAGUGAAGGUGAAUGUUGGGAGAUUCAGUCCUUGUUUAUGCAGCACACAGACUGUGGAACUCACUCCCACAGUAGGCAGUGAUGGCCACUGUAAUGAGUAUGGGUUGCUCGUGCGUAAGUUACCGCCUCUCCUGGCUAUGUUGCCUGGUUAAACCUUUCUGUCUGGACAGCCCUUCACUUCGUGGCUGCCUCAGUCGCUAGCAGAAUCCGUCAGUGUGCAUUUCUUAAACCUUUUCCAACAUAAAAGUUGUUUGACUCCAAGUCUCCUCCUACUCUCCCUGCGCGGAAGUCUUCUGCGCAGGGAGGGCGUGGGUAGCGGAGGACCCGUGCUUUCCCCGCUGGUGUCCGGUGAAGAGUCCUGGCGCCCUCUCGCCGAUUCCCCCAUCUGCCCCCCUUUAUCCCUGGUGUUGAGCUGAUUUGCUUCCCCAUCUGCUGAGCUGCCUCUCUCCCUGCUGGGCCCUUCUCCAGCAUCAUUUGAGAGCCUUCCCUCCGCCUCUAGCUCCGAUGUCAGUUCCCUGACAGCCACCAACCUGGAAGAUGACUCCAGGGAUGAUUGGCCAAGUUAAUGGAGGAGAGGGCUAUCCAUGGCUAUUGACCACAGCAGCUGUGCUCUGCCUCCAUAGUUCUGGAGGCAGCCAUGCUUCUGAAUACUGGAUGCUGGAAAUAAAGGAAGGGAGAGUGGCUCUUGUGCUCGGAUCCUCCUUGCAGGUUCCGCACAGUGGUUGGCCACUGUGAGAACAAGGUACUGGACUAGAUGGGCCAUGGGCCUGAUGCAGCUGUAGGCUCUUACGUUCUUAUGACAAUCCCUGUGUUGCUUCUAGAGGCAACUAAUGAGAUACUUACCUUUUAUAUUUUUGAGCCGGGGGGAACGACAACCUUUUUUAUUUUAUUUUUUAAAUCCCACAUUUAUACCCCAAGGUGGCAUACAUUGUUCUCCCCCUCCUAAUUUUAUCCUCACAACAACCUUGUAGUGUAGGUUAGGCUGGGAGGCAAUGACUGGCCCCCAAAGUCACACUCAGUGAGCUUAAUGCCAAGUGGGGAUUUGAACCCAAAUAAAUGCAGGUGGCGCUGUGGUCUAAACCACACAGCCUAGGGCUGGCUGAUCAGAAGGUUGGCAGUUCGAAUCCCCGCGACGGGGUGAGAUCCUGUUGCUCGGUCCCAGCUCCUGCCAACCUAGCAGUUCAAAAGCACGUCAAAGUGCAAGUAGAUAAACAGGUACCGCUCUGACAGGAAGGUAAACAGCAUUUCCGUGCGCUGCUCUGGUUUGCCAGAAGCGGCUUAGUCAUGCUGGCCACAUGACCCCGAAGCUGUCUGCGGACAAACGCCGGCUCCCUCGGCCAAUAAAGCGAGAUGAGUGCCACAACCCCAGAGUCGUCAGUGACUGAACUUAAAGGUCAGGGGUCCCUUUAAAGGUAAAGGGAUCCUGACCAUUAGGUCCAGUUGUGGCCGACUCUCGGGUUGUGGCGCUCAUCUCGCUUUAUUGGCCGAGGGAGCUGGCAUACAGCUUCCAGGUCAUGUGGCCAGCAUGACUAAGCUGCUUCUGGCGAACCAGAGCAGUGCACAGAAACGCCGUUUACCUUCCCGCCGGAGUGGUACCUAUUUAUCUACUUGCACUAUGAUGUACUUUCAAACUGCUAGGUUGACAGGAGCAGGGACCGAGCAACGGGAGCUCACCCCGUUGCGGGGAUUCAAACCGCCAACCUUCUGAUCCGCAAGUCCUUGGCCACCCGCGUCCCAUGGGUCCCUUUACCUUUAUCUAAAAAUCAACAAGACUGCAGAAUAAAUUUACCUCUUUUAAAAAAAACAACUUACCUAAUAGGUAGAAGUCACAUGAUUCGACUUUCCUGGCCCAGAAACCCAGCUCUUCUUGGUGCAGGCAGUAGCUUUGCAGGGGCAGCCCUCCCUGUUCCAAAGUAAUGUUUGCUCUCUGGGUCCUCCCCACAUGACAGAGUGGCAAGACGUACAGAGCAGAUGUGGCGGACCUCUUCCCUGGGACCUUUGAAGUGGUGGAGAUGCUGGUUGGCAAUCCUGGAACAUGGCUGCUUCAUUGCCAUGUGGCCGAUCACAUCCAUGCUGGAAUGGAAACCCUCUUCACAGUUUUUCCUAAGCACGGUAAGGAGAGAGCAGGUUGGUUUUUAUCAACACCAUUAUCAUUAUAUCAUUACCAUUACCAUUAUUUUAUUUAGAGCCUUUGUCAGGGUUGUACCUAGGGGCUGGUUAGGUUGCCCCCACCAAGGGUGCAGGUCCGGGGGGGUGGGGAGGGACACACAAAAACUGAGCCUCUCCACUCUGGCACCGAGUGGCUAGAAACCCGCCUUGCCUGUCCAUGCACUCAGACGGAUGGACUGAUGGAAGAACAGGAGGAGGAAAAGCAGAGCAGAGCCAGCCCUGAUGGCCAAGGACGAAGUCACAAGAGGAGUGCAAAAGCACAGUUAAGCCGUAGAAAUCUCUCCCACAGGCGGCAGUUGAUGCCAAGCAACCUAGAUUGCCUUGAAAGAUUAUUAGACAAAUUCGUGGAAGAGGAGAGGGCUAUUGAUGGCUAUGCUCUGCCCUCUACAGUCGGAGGGAGGAAAUGCUUCUGAAAACCAGUUGCUGGAACUCACAGGAGGUGAGAGUGCUCUUGUGCUUGAAUCCUGCUUGCAGGUUUCCCACAGGCAUCUGGUUGGCCACUAUGUGAACAGGAUGCCGGACAAGAUGGGGCCAUUGGCCUGAUCCAGCAGGCUAUUCUUGUGUUCUUAAUAUUAGAAUGUGGUGCUACAGACACCCAUUUUAUCUGGCUUGAACACAGGGAUCUCUUGUGCUUAUUUGUUUUGUCUCAUUUCUUACCCACCCUUCACCACCGGGUCAGAGGGUGGGUAAAAUAUGCAAUUACAAAACAAAUAAAACAGUUUGCAGCCCAAGAAGGAAGUGUAAAAACUAUUAAAAACAAUGUGAACAUUUAAAAACAGUUCCCCCAUAAAAAUAUUUCCAGUACAGUGUUCCAGUGCUUGGGAAGGGCCAUAGCUUGGUGCUUAGAAGAUCUUCUUUGAAUACAGGAGGUCCCAGAUUCAGUCCCCAGCAUCUCUAGGUAGGACUGGGAGUUGUCCCCUGUCUGAAACCUUAGAGAUCUGUUUCCAGCAACUGUUACAUUGGAUGGACGUCAUUCGUCUAAGUAGAACACAGCUUCCUAUGCCAUCCUUUUGUGCUUCCCAGUAGCUUCCUACUAAAUUGUGUACUUUCUUUUCAGAUUCAGUGCUUCUGAAGACCAAUUCCUAUACAGGUAUGGCUGUCAUUGCAUCUCAGGUUUAUACCCCUUUUGAGCAUUCUUGAAUAAGGACAAUUCCCGGUGUGAAGCCUAGCAAGGCACCCCUUUUGUCCACCAUUAUUCUCCUUUCAUUCCUCAAGUUCACCCAGUGGUCCAGGGCUGCUGGCUCCCUGCAAACCCCAUGCACUGCACAGGGUUGAUCAGGUUACAGUUUGGGUUCCUUCCAAUUCCAUGAUUCUGUGAGUGCAAACUGGGAGUCAGUGUUCUCUGUGUGCACUCUACCCAGCUCCCUUCUUCCAUAACCAUUGCAAAUUAUCUUGUCAGCUUUAACCAUGGUUUGCUGUUACAGUGGGGGGGGGGAGUAUUUGAUCCCCUGCUAACUUUGCCCAUUUGCCCUCUGACGAAGAAAUGACCAGUCCAUAAUUUUAAUGGUAGGUUUAUUGUAGGUGUGAGAGACAGAAUAACAUCAGGAAAGCCCCCAGAAACCAAGAAGACAAAAGUCAGAGAUUGAUGUGCAGGGGAUCAAAUACUUCCCCCCCGUCACUGUACAUCUUCACUGACUCUGACUAGCUAACGCUAGGAAAAUUCCCUCUUAGCCAUGGUUUGCAAACUUGUUCAGACUUAAGAUGGAAUCCCAUGGCAAUCUGAGUUGCAGAGGUCUGGUUGCGGCCUGGAUAUAUACUACAGGGAUAGACCUGAGUGAAGCCAGGCCUGUUGCCACAACCUCUCUCUCACUGGCCUCCUAACUGGCCCAUUUGAAAGGGUUUGGGUGCCAAGCCACAUGGCCAAUGGGGGGAGGUUCUUACCCCUCCCCCAGUGGUCGUGCUGUGCCGAAGAUGGCUCACACAUUGGGCCGCGGCUGCACCAGGCUGCAAACUGCUGCUUCCCAGGUAAGCAGCCAUUAACCUUGUCAGCUUUAGCUACGGUUUGCUGUUACAUCUUCACUGACUAACUGCAUCUAAUGCUAGGAAGAUUCCCUCUUAACCAUGGUUUGCAAACAGUGUUCAAACUCUGGUUAAGAUGGAAGCCCAGUUAGCCGUUGUUAUGGCUGACAUCUGUGCAAACGUAACACUCCAUGGAAUUCAAAUUGUAAUACAAUACAGUAAUUAAUAAAUAAAUAAUUUCCAGCAAUCGAAGUGGUCAAGUGGGCUAAGGACUGGUUCCAAGUUCUUUGCAUGGUACAAGUAACAGGUUGAAAUUUUCCUGGUAAUGAAAAAGAUUCCUCUACUAACCUUAUUGCUCAUCUAGCUAUCUAACUGUGUGGAGGUUUUGCAGACUUAGUACCUGUUUUUCCUUGGAAAAUGUGAAUUUGCUCUUAAACUGAAAAGACAGCAGAGUGGUUGUUUGCUGCUGUCAUUCUGUACUGUUAACUUCCGUUAAUGCAAUCUCAUUUCCUCCCCACCCGCCCACAAAAAGUGACCUUUCAUCAUCCAUUUGUCCUCAGAGACACCUCCUGAAGAUGAAGACAAUGGCCAUCACUUUGUUUUGUUCGGGUCAAAACUGGCACAUAGCCAAGUAGAGGCGACCAUUAUUUUCCUUGUCGUCACCGGUGUCUUGCUGUUCCUCAUUGCCUGCACCUUUCUGGGAGUGAUAAUUUACCUGCAGAGACAAAAGAGGCUGAGACGCAACAGGAGGUCCAUACUAGACGAAGGGUUCAAGCUUAUGUCUACAAAAAAGCAUUAACAUCUGGAGAGGAGUGGCGGAGGUUUUUAUGGCCUUUGAGCUGCAUGCAAGGAGGAAGUGCCUUGAAAUGCCUUUUGCAAAAUAAAAAUAGCAAUAAAUCACUUUAGGAGCUAUGCUUCAAAACCACCCGUGAUGUUGUCCUCUUAGGGAAAAUAAAAAAGGAAACAUCUCCAAGUGCCACCCAGUGCCUAGUUUUAUACUUCCUACUCAGGACUCAAAUUAAGCCACAAUAAGUUUAAUCAGGCACAUUUAUACAAUAAUCCUGUAAUCCUCCAGAAUUUGGGGAGCCAGCUGACAAGCAAGGAUCAAUCCGGAGGAAUUUUUCAUAUUAUGAGAAAGGAGAUUGCACUAAACGUCAGGAAAAGCUCUGCAGCAGCAGAACAGACACCCUUGGAAGGCAUAGGACUCCCCUUCGUUGGGGUUUUUUAGAGAGAGGUUGGAUGGCCAUCUGUUUGGGACUCUUUAGCUGUGAUUCCUGCAUUGCAGCGGGUUGGACUACAUGACCCUUGGGGUCCCAUCCAACUCUAUAAUUCUAUGAUUCUGUGGAACAAAGCUCCUGGAUCUGCAGCAUUCCCUUGGUCUUUUUUGCUCAGGGAAGCCACCCACCCUGCUGCUCUCUCUCCUUCUGCUCCUAUUCGGGGGUUUUCAGACAGUCUGCUUGGCUACUAUCUGCUCCAGCAGGCCUAACUGACCUUAUCAGCCAACUGAAGAGAAACAACAUGUGUGAGGAGGAAUCUUCCCAGGGAAGCAUGGGGGAGGAGGGAGCACAUACUCCAUGGGACUGUUUUCUCUAUGGGACUGUUUUCUAACAGCAAAUUCUUUUCCCUGCUUUGAUCUGCUUCUAUCUCCUCCCAUCCCUUCAUGCACAGAAAGUAAAAACAAG